AUGUACUCUCAGUAUUGGAACACGACUCGUGAUCGCAGACCGGACUACAGGAGAUACACAGUGAGUAUCACACAGUUUAUCGCCUUUCUGUCAGAUCCUCACUGCUCUCAUCAGCCUUCGGUUUAGAUGAACCAUCCUGAAAACAAACCUUUAACACAUUCAUUUUCACAGUUUGUUAUGGUGUCGGAAGAGAGGUACGAGUAUGAAAAGUCUUAUUAGUCUUUUAAGCAGAGGUGGAAAACUCCUUUUUUAUUCUUGUAUGUUGAAGCCAAGAGGUCUCAGACGUCUGUGUGCAAGACAGUAUUUCUGCCGUACAGUUGACUUUAUGGUGGUUUGGAAGGUUUAGAAUGGUAAUGAAUUCACAUUGAUACUUUUGUCAAAGCAAAAUUAGUCUUUAUUAGGAGCAUUUGUUGCAUAUUUAGACACACAUGCUAAAGUGUGGGACAAUUUUAGUGAUCAAAAUACACAAUAAAUAAGAAGGUGCUGUAAAAAUAAGGAAAAGCUGAAUUAGCCGUACAUUACAGUUAAAAAGUCAGCCACCCAAACCCUUAAAACUGUUUGAGUAAGGCUUCAAAUCUUGCCUUUUAACUGAAGUACUUUAAGCCUAUAGGGGGCACUCAGUUUAUUAUUGGCAGGAGUAAGUGAGGACAAAAGAAGCAGUGGACUUUUUACGCUAUAUGAGAAACAUCGUCAAGAUAAAGUGCUUCUGCUACCCUGCAGACAUGUUGCAAACUGACAGUAAGAAAAUGUUUCUGAGUGACAGACAGUCGUGCUGAAGUUACGACUUCAAGUGUGGCUUUAGUUGGCUAUAACUCAGUUAGCUGCAUAGCUAGUACCCAGCGAGCAUUUUGAGGUUGAUUAUACGUCUAUUAUCCCACUGAGCAAAAGACGUAUAUUAGACGUCUAGUCUAAAUUUAUACUUCAUUUCAACGUCGGGAUUCGGUCUAUUUCUAGACGUGAUUUAUACUUCGCCCACAACUUCAUUUUUCGAUAACUUUUAUGCAAUAAACAACUGUAAUGAGCAUAACUGACCUCUAAGUACUGGAUUACAUUACUUAUGAUACCGUGGAGAGAUAUGCAGCAUAGUAUAGAUGUAGACGUCAUUUACACGUAUAGAUUUACAGUAUACUUCAUUUCAACGUCUAGAUUCAGUCUAUUUCUAGAUUUAUACUUCGCCCUCAACUUCAUUUUUCGAUAACUAUUUAUGCAAUAAACAACUGUAAUGUGCAUAACUGACCUUUUGAUACUGAAUUACAUUACUUACGAUACCGUGGAGAGAUAUGCAGCAUAGUUUAGAUGUGGACGUCAUUUACACGUAUAAAUUUAUACUUAAUUUCAACGUCGGGAUUCGGUCUAUUUCUAGACGUGAUUUAGACGUAUAAAUUUAUACGUCAUUUCAACGUCUACAUAUAGACCGAAUCUAGACAAUUGAUUUUAAUCCACAAUUCAAGAGUUGAUUUCAAUUCAUCGCAGAUUUCCAAGUGUUUCCACCACCACCCGCUGGAACUCUUGGUGAAAAGAUAUGAUUUAGUAACAUUCAAUUCAAUAAUUAGAAUACAUUACUUAACAUUUUGUACUGUAGUUAUGCCACUCUUACUUUUCUCAGGCAUUGGGUCGGAAUAAACCCUCUUCCUCGUUGCAAAAUCUGAGAACGAGACAAUAAAUAGAUGAUGAAUAUGGUGCUUAACUUUGGCUUUUAAACACAAAAUCAUAUGCUGUUGCACAAUUUUAAAAUAGCCCCCACCCUACUUAAAAACCACUGCUAAACCUGAUAAAUCCUUACCUUGAAUCCAAUUCAAAAAUUCAUCCAUGAAAUCACCCUCCCUAGCUCUUUUUCUCCGCCACUCUUUCAAAUAAUUAGAGGCCAUAUUCAAUUUGGCUGGAAAGAAAACACAUGGAAAAAAGAAAGUAGAAAAAUAAUAACAGUGUGAACUUGUAGAUCAACCAUUAUAAAAAAUAUAUCUAUGACAAUUACAGUUAAACACAAAUUUAAUUAUAUGAAAAAAUACCACUGGAUAAACAAAAUCAACAGUACUGGCAUCAAAAUAGGCUUCAUUUUCUAACUUAAUUAGAUAGCCUAACUAGCAGCUUUUAAACUUGGCUCCAACAGAGAGAGCAGGCCCUUAUUUACUUUCAUGACAACACACGUUAGCAUGGACUAUUUGAUGCUGUUGGACCCACGCUGGCUAAACUAGCCACAAGCUAGCCCUCAUAGUAGCAACCAGGCUACAUGCGAACUCGAGUUUAACAUUUGCUGUAAAUGCAUUUCACCGUCACGCAUCAUGAUGCACGAUGGUGGGAGGACCAAAGCUUGCAAAAAUAAACAUUUUCUAUAAUAUCUCCUUCAGCACCCACCUCGCUUCAGCAGAAAGUAUAACUCUCGAACUCCGCGACUCCUGGUACUUCUGAUGUACUCCGACGGUCUUGAGGUCGAGUGUGGACAGAGCGCAAUGCUUCAGCCGGAUGUUGUGCGGUCCACAAUUUGAAGCCGUUUUCAUGUUAUGGUCCGAUUAUGGUACGAUCUCCAAGCGAGUGUUAAGCUGGGCUCUUGCAGAGCUACCAAAUACUUUUUGUCGCUCAUCUCGUAGUAUUGCGGCUAUGCCGAUAACUUUUAUCGCGGACUACUUUGCUCUUGGCGGAAUUAGAAUCUACCAGAAGUGGUUGCACGGUGGGUCACGUGAGCGUGCUCCACCAAUAAGGUGGCUGGAUUAUUGUCACGGUGGCAGCCGGUGUUACAGAGACGGAUAAAACACAUGAAAUGUAAGAAUUAAAUUGAAUUUCAGCGACCAACUUUGUUGUCGAGUACUCAGCAGGACCCAGGCUUUAAGAUCCGAAGUUGUUUUUUAUUUUAUUUUUCUGCCGUAUAUGCGUUUUGACCGGAUAUGGCGAAAAGACCGGUUACACUCAGGAGUAUGAUGGUAGUCCCACAGAUUGAGAUCAAUUCUGCAACGUUCAGUUAUCAUUUUAAAUGAUCAACUCUUGAAUUGUGGAUUAAAAUCGAUUGUCUAGAUUCGGUCUAUAUGUAGACUUUGAAAUGACGUAUAAAUUUAUACGUCUAAAUCACGUCUAAAAAUAGACCGAAUCCCGACGUUGAAAUUAAGUAUAAAUUUAUACGUGUAAAUGAUGUCUAAAAAUAGACCGUAUCCAGACGUUGAAAUGAAGUAUAAAUUUAUACGUGUAAAUGACGUCUACAUCUAUACUAUGCUGCAUAUCUCUCCACGGUAUCAUAAGUAAUGUAAUCCAGUAUUAAAAGGUCAGUUAUGCACAUUACAGUGGUUUAUUGCAUUAAUAGUUAUCGAAAAAUGAAGUUGAGGGCGAAGUAUAAAUCACGUCUAGAAAUAGACUGAAUCUAGACGUUGAAAUGAAGUAUAAAUUUAUACGUGUAAAUGACGUCUAGAAAUAGACUGAAUCUAGACGUUGAAAUGAAGUAUAACUUUAUACGUGUAAAUGACGUCUAGAAAUAGACUGAAUCUAGACGUUGAAAUGAAGUAUAAAUUUAUACGUGUAAAUGACGUCUACAUCUAUACUAUGCUGCAUAUCUCUCCACGGUAUCAAAAGUAAUGUAAUCCAGUAUCAAAAGAUCAGUUAUGCACAUUACAGUGGUUUAUUGCAUUAAAAGAUAUUGAAAAAUGAAGUUGAGGGCGAAGUAUAAAUCACGUCUAGAAAUAGACUGAAUCUAGACGUUGAAAUGAAGUAUAAAUUUAUACGUGUAAAUGACGUCUAGAAAUUGACUGAAUCUAGACGUUGAAAUGAAGUAUAAAUUUAUACGUGUAAAUGACGUCUAGAAAUAGACUGAAUCUAGACGUUGAAAUUAAGUAUAAAUUUAUAUGUGUAAAUGACGUCUACAUCUAUACUAUGCUGCAUCUCUCUCCACGGUAUCAUAAGUAAUGUAAUCCAGUAUUAAAAGGUCAGUUAUGCACAUUACAGUGGUUUAUUGCAUUAAAAGAUAUUGAAAAAUGAAGUUGAGGGCGAAGUAUAAAUCACGUCUAGAAAUAGACUGAAUCUAGACGUUGAAAUGAAGUAUAAAUUUAAACGUGUAAAUGACGUCUACAUCUAUACUAUGCUGCAUCUCUCUCCACGGUAUCAUAAGUAAUGUAAUCCAGUAUUAAAAGGUCAGUUAUGCACGUUACAGUGGUUUAUUGCAUUAAUAGUUAUCGAAAAAUGAAGUUGAGGGCGAAGUAUAAAUCACGUCUAGAAAUAGACUGAAUCUAGACGUUGAAAUGAAGUAUAAAUUUAAACGUGUAAAUGACGUCUAGAAAUAGACUGAAUCUAGACGUUGAAAUGAAGUAUAAAAAAUACGUGUAAAUGACGUCUACAUCUAUACUAUGCUGCAUCUCUCUCCACGGUAUCAUAAGUAAUGUAAUCCAGUAUUAAAAGGUCAGUUAUGCACAUUACAGUGGUUUAUUGCAUUAAAAGAUAUUGAAAAAUGAAGUUGAGGGCGAGGUAUAAAUCACGUCUAGAAAUAGACUGAAUCUAGACAUUGAAAUGAAGUAUAAAUUUAUAUGUGUAAAUGACGUCUACAUCUAUACUAUGCUGCAUCUCUCUCCACUGUAUCAUAAGUAAUGUAAUCCAGUAUUAAAAGGUCAGUUAUGCACAUUACAGUGGUUUAUUGCAUUAAUAGUUAUCGAAAAAUGAAGUUGAGGGCGAAGUAUAAAUCACGUCUAGAAAUAGACUGAAUCUAGACGUUGAAAUGAAGUAUAAAUUUAAACGUGUAAAUGACGUCUAGAAAUAGACUGAAUCUAGACGUUGAAAUGAAGUAUAAAAAAUACGUGUAAAUGACGUCUACAUCUAUACUAUGCUGCAUCUCUCUCCACGGUAUCAUAAGUAAUAUAAUCCAGUAUUAAAAGGUCAGUUAUGCACAUUACAGUGGUUUAUCGCAUUAAAAGUUAUCGAAAAAUGAAGUUGAGGGCGAAGUAUAAAUCACGUCUAGAAAUAGACCGAAUCCAGACGUUGAAAUGAAGUAUAAAUUUAUACGUGUAAAUGACGUCUACAUCUAUACUAAGCUGCAUCUCUCUCCACGGUAUCACAUGUAAUGUAAUCCAGUAUUAAAAGGUCAGUUAUGCACAUUACAGUGGUUUAUUGCAUUAAAAGUUAUCGAAAAAUGAAGUUGAGGGCGAAGUAUAAAUCACGUCUAGAAAUAGACUGAAUCUAGACGUUGAAAUGAAGUAUAAAUUUAUACGUGUAAAUGACGUCUACAUCUAUACUAUGCUGCAUAUCUCUCCACGGUAUCAAAAGUAAUGUAAUCCAGUAUCAAAAGAUCAGUUAUGCACAUUACAGUGGUUUAUUGCAUUAAAAGUUAUCGAAAAAUGAAGUUGAGGGCGAAGUAUAAAUCACGUCUAGAAAUAGACUGAAUCUAGACGUUGAAAUGAAGUAUAAAUUUAUAUGUGUAAAUGACGUCUACAUCUAUACUAUGCUGCAUCUCUCUCCACGGCAGUGCUGGGCGAUAUGGAAAAAAAUGUAUAUCACGAUAUGGAUCAUUUUAUAUCACGAUAACGAUAUAUAUCACGAUAUAGCUAUGGUAUGCUUUCAGUUCUAUGAAAAAUUUAAGUGUAUACAGCUGCACUAGUACAGUACCAGUACAAGACCAGCACUUAAAACUAGAAAAAUGAAUAAAUAAAUACGUGGCUGAAGUGCGUUCAUGUCUGUGCUCACCCAAAGUUAUGUAACACUUACAGAAAACGCUGAUAGUGUGAGCCGAAGCACUCCAUAAUAAUAAUAAUAAUAAUAAUAAUAAUAAUAAAUUUAAUUUGUAAUGCACUUUACAUUUACAAAAAAUCUCAAAGUGCUACAGUACACAGUAAAAAAAGAGCAGCAACAAUAAAAAAAAGCAAUAGAAUGACAGUCACAGAUUAGCUUAAAAAAGAAUUAAAAAAAAAUAUAUAUAUAUAGAGUUGCAAUGUAAGAGGCAAGGUAGUAAAAGCAUAAAGCAUAGAGGAAAACUAACCAAAGGCUUUAUUAAAAAGGUAGGUCUUUAGGGCUCUUUUGAAGAGGUUGUUCACACUGCUAGAUGUUUCUCCUCCAAAGCUGCUCUCUGCCUCCAUCAUUGUUUACUUUACUCUUGAAGCACGUAGCAAGACCCGAGCAUGAAUCCGAGCGCUUUAUUCGCCUAUCAGGGGCAGACAGGUACGGUGAUUGAUUCGCCACGACUCCAGAAAUGAUUGAAAAACUACAGAAUGUCACAAAAUUACGUUUCCUCGCUGCUGGCUUGAAGGGUACAAAUGCGCAGCCGCGCUCCCAGCUGACAGGAAGUCAAACCGCUGUUGUAGUUCUUUUGUGUUGCUAGCGCGGUCAAGAGUGUUUACUCUCACUGAGAGAUGACUACAAAAAUGGACGCACCUGUUCAUCUGGUUGUUAAACACGGCUGAAAAAGAUCAUCUUUUCAUGUUGUUCCCGCUCCUGCCCACUCCCGUUGCUUUUUUUCCCGUCCCGUCCCGAUCAAGAGAUAAAUAAAAAAAUGACUCCCAUCCCGCGGGAAUCACGUGACCCACGGGAAUUCCCGAAAAAAGUCAUCCUCCACAGGGAAGGUCCCGGAGCAGAUGAAACAGGUGCCGGAGCGGCUGAAAUAGGUCCCAGAUCCGAUCAAAAGAGGUCCCGGAUCGCGCUCCGACUUGCUCCGGCACAGAUUAAGCACUGCUUACAAUGAUCCCCUCACGUGUGUAACCCAGGUAACCCGCAACGGCGGGAGGCGCUGGACAUAAAGAGGGCACGUAAAGCGGCGUCAUGUCGCAAAAUCGAAAGAGAAAUGCAAGCCUACAUGUCAACGCAUCCUUUUCUUUGUAAGAAAAUAUUGUUUUCUUUCCCGUUCGACACCAAAUACACUUACUGAAUGUGCAAUUAUUGUUGUUGUUACUAUGAAUCAUCUGAUGGCACAAGCUCUACGGAUUAUAUACAACCUAUCGCCCGAAACGAUAAGAAUAAAAAUGGCACGAUAGACAUUUUCUAUCGUGCCAACGAUAUAUAUCGUCCAAUCGCCCAGCACUACUCCACGGUAUCAAAAGUAAUGUAAUCCAGUAUUAAAAGAUCAGUUAUGCACAUUACAGUGGUUUAUUGCAUUAAAAGAUAUUGAAAAAUGAAGUUGAGGGCGAAGUAUAAAUCACGUCUAGAAAUAGACUGAAUCUAGACGUUGAAAUGAAGUAUAAAUUUAUACGUGUAAAUGACGUCUAGAAAUUGACUGAAUCUAGACGUUGAAAUGAAGUAUAAAUUUAUACGUGUAAAUGACGUCUAGAAAUAGACUGAAUCUAGACGUUGAAAUUAAGUAUAAAUUUAUAUGUGUUAAUGACGUCUACAUCUAUACUAUGCUGCAUCUCUCUCCACGGUAUCAUAAGUAAUGUAAUCCAGUAUUAAAAGGUCAGUUAUGCACAUUACAGUGGUUUAUUGCAUUAAAAGAUAUUGAAAAAUGAAGUUGAGGGCGAAGUAUAAAUCACGUCUAGAAAUAGACUGAAUCUAGACGUUGAAAUGAAGUAUAAAUUUAAACGUGUAAAUGACGUCUACAUCUAUACUAUGCUGCAUCUCUCUCCACGGUAUCAUAAGUAAUGUAAUCCAGUAUUAAAAGGUCAGUUAUGCACGUUACAGUGGUUUAUUGCAUUAAUAGUUAUCGAAAAAUGAAGUUGAGGGCGAAGUAUAAAUCACGUCUAGAAAUAGACUGAAUCUAGACGUUGAAAUGAAGUAUAAAUUUAAACGUGUAAAUGACGUCUAGAAAUAGACUGAAUCUAGACGUUGAAAUGAAGUAUAAAAAAUACGUGUAAAUGACGUCUACAUCUAUACUAUGCUGCAUCUCUCUCCACGGUAUCAUAAGUAAUGUAAUCCAGUAUUAAAAGGUCAGUUAUGCACAUUACAGUGGUUUAUUGCAUUAAAAGAUAUUGAAAAAUGAAGUUGAGGGCGAGGUAUAAAUCACGUCUAGAAAUAGACUGAAUCUAGACAUUGAAAUGAAGUAUAAAUUUAUAUGUGUAAAUGACGUCUACAUCUAUACUAUGCUGCAUCUCUCUCCACUGUAUCAUAAGUAAUGUAAUCCAGUAUUAAAAGGUCAGUUAUGCACAUUACAGUGGUUUAUUGCAUUAAUAGUUAUCGAAAAAUGAAGUUGAGGGCGAAGUAUAAAUCACGUCUAGAAAUAGACUGAAUCUAGACGUUGAAAUGAAGUAUAAAUUUAAACGUGUAAAUGACGUCUAGAAAUAGACUGAAUCUAGACGUUGAAAUGAAGUAUAAAUUUAUACGUGUAAAUGACGUCUAGAAAUAGACUGAAUCUAGACGUUGAAAUGAAGUAUAAAUUUAUACGUGUAAAUGACGUCUAGAAAUAGACUGAAUCUAGACGUUGAAAUGAAGUAUAAAUUUAUACGUGUAAAUGACGUCUAGAAAUAGACUGAAUCUAGACGUUGAAAUGAAGUAUAAAUUUAUACGUGUAAAUGACGUCUAGAAAUAGACUGAAUCUAGACGUUGAAAUGAAGUAUAAAUUUAUACGUGUAAAUGACGUCUAGAAAUAGACUGACUCAGGAAGUUGAAAUGAAGUAUAAAUUUAUACGUGUAAAUGACGUCUAGAAAUAGACUGAAUCCAGACGUUGAAAUGAAGUAUAAAUUUAUACGUGUAAAUGACGUCUAGAAAUAGACUGAAUCUAGACGUUGAAAUGAAGUAUAAAUUUAUACGUGUAAAUGACGUCUACAUCUAUACUGUGCUGCAUAUCUCUCCACGGUAUCAAAAGUAAUGUAAUCCAGUUUUAAAAGAUCAGUUAUGCACAUUACAGUGGUUUAUUGCAUUAAAAGUUAUCGAAAAAUGAAGUUGAGGGCGAAGUAUAAAUCACGUCUAGAAAUAGACUGAAUCUAGACGUUGAAAUGAAGUAUAAAUUUAAACGUGUAAAUGACGUCUACAUCUAUACUAUGCUGCAUCUCUCUCCACGGUAUCAUAAGUAAUGUAAUCCAGUAUUAAAAGGUCAGUUAUGCACAUUACAGUUGUUUAUUGCAUUAAAAGUUAUCGAAAAAUGAAGUUGAUGGCGAAGUAUGAAUCACGUCUAGAAAUAGACCGAAUCCAGACGUUGAAAUGAAGUAUAAAUUUAUACGUGUAAAUGACGUCUAGAAAUAGACUGAAUCUAGACGUUGAAAUGAAGUAUAAAUUUAUACGUGUAAAUGACGUCUAGAAAUAGACUGAAUCUAGACGUUGAAAUGAAGUAUAAAUUUAAACGUGUAAAUGACGUCUAGAAAUAGACUGAAACUAGACGUUGAAAUGAAGUAUAAAUUUAUACGUGUAAAUGACGUCUAGAAAUAGACUGAAUCUAGACGUUGAAAUGAAGUAUAAAUUUAUACGUGUAAAUGACGUCUACAUCUAUACUGUGCUGCAUAUCUCUCCACGGUAUCAAAAGUAAUGUAAUCCAGUUUUAAAAGAUCAGUUAUGCACAUUACAGUGGUUUAUUGCAUUAAAAGUUAUCGAAAAAUGAAGUUGAGGGCGAAGUAUAAAUCACGUCUAGAAAUAGACUGAAUCUAGACGUUGAAAUGAAGUAUAAAUUUAUAUGUGUAAAUGACGUCUACAUCUAUACUAUGCUGCAUCUCUCUCCACGGUAUCAUAAGUAAUGUAAUCCAGUAUUAAAAGAUCAGUUAUGAACAUUACAGUGGUUUAUUGCAUUAAAAGUUAUCGAAAAAUGAAGUUGAGGGCGAAGUAUAAAUCACGUCUAGAAAUAGACUGAAUCUAGACGUUGAAAUGAAGUAUAAAUUUAUACGUGUAAAUGACGUCUAGAAAUAGACUGAAUCUAGACGUUGAAAUGAAGUAUAAAUUUAUACGUGUAAAUGACGUCUAGAAAUAGACUGAAUCUAGACGUUGAAAUGAAGUAUAAAUUUAUACGUGUAAAUGACGUCUAGAAAUAGACUGAAUCUAGACGUUGAAAUGAAGUAUAAAUUUAUACGUGUAAAUGACGUCUAGAAAUAGACUGAAUCUAGACGUUGAAAUGAAGUAUAAAUUUAUACGUGUAAAUGACGUCUAGAAAUAGACUGAAUCUAGACGUUGAAAUGAAGUAUAAAUUUAUACGUGUAAAUGACGUCUAGAAAUAGACUGAAUCUAGACGUUGAAAUGAAGUAUAAAUUUAUACGUGUAAAUGACGUCUACAUCUAUACUGUGCUGCAUAUCUCUCCACGGUAUCAAAAGUAAUGUAAUCCAGUUUUAAAAGAUCAGUUAUGCACAUUACAGUGGUUUAUUGCAUUAAAAGUUAUCGAAAAAUGAAGUUGAGGGCGAAGUAUAAAUCACGUCUAGAAAUAGACUGAAUCUAGACGUUGAAAUGAAGUAUAAAUUUAUACGUGUAAAUCACGUCUAGAAAUAGACUGAAUCUAGACGUUGAAAUGAAGUAUAAAUUUAUACGUGUAAAUGACGUCUACAUCUAUACUGUGCUGCAUAUCUCUCCACGGUAUCAAAAGUAAUGUAAUCCAGUUUUAAAAGAUCAGUUAUGCACAUUACAGUUGUUUAUUGCAUUAAAAGUUAUCGAAAAAUGAAGUUGAUGGCGAAGUAUAAAUCACGUCUAGAAAUAGACCGAAUCCAGACGUUGAAAUGAAGUAUAAAUUUAUACGUGUAAAUGACGUCUACAUCUAUACUAAGCUGCAUCUCUCUCCACGGUAUCACAUGUAAUGUAAUCCAGUAUUAAAAGAUCAGUUAUGCACAUUACAGUGGUUUAUUGCAUUAAAAGUUAUCGAAAAAUGAAGUUGAGGGCGAAGUAUAAAUCACGUCUAGAAAUAGACUGAAUCUAGACGUUGAAAUGAAGUAUAAAUUUAUACGUGUAAAUCACGUCUAGAAAUAGACUGAAUCUAGACGUUGAAAUGAAGUAUAAAUUUAUACGUGUAAAUGACGUCUAGAAAUAGACUGAAUCUAGACGGUGAAAUGAAGUAUAAAUUUAUACGUGUAAAUGACGUCUAGAAAUAGACUGAAUCUAGACGUUGAAAUGAAGUAUAAAUUUAUACGUGUAAAUGACGUCUACAUCUAUACUGUGCUGCAUAUCUCUCCACGGUAUCAAAAGUAAUGUAAUCCAGUUUUAAAAGAUCAGUUAUGCACAUUACAGUGGUUUAUUGCAUUAAAAGUUAUCGAAAAAUGAAGUUGAGGGCGAAGUAUAAAUCACGUCUAGAAAUAGACUGAAUCUAGACGUUGAAAUGAAGUAUAAAUUUAUACGUGUAAAUGACGUCUAGAAAUAGACUGAAUCUAGACGUUGAAAUGAAGUAUAAAUUUAUACGUGUAAAUGACGUAUAGAAAUAGACUGAAUCUAGACGUUGAAAUGAAGUAUAAAUCUAUACGUGUAAAUGACGUCUAGAAAUAGACUGAAUCUAGACGUUGAAAUGAAGUAUAAAUUUAAACGUGUAAAUGACGUCUACAUCUAUACUAUGCUGUAUCUCUCUCCACGGUAUCAAAAGUAAUGUAAUCCAGUAUUAAAAGAUCAGUUAUGCACAUUACAGUGGUUUAUUGCAUUAAAAGUUAUCGAAAAAUGAAGUUGAGGGCGAAGUAUAAAUCACGUCUAGAAAUAGACUGAAUCUAGACGUUGAAAUGAAGUAUAAAUUUAUACGUGUAAAUGACGUCUAGAAAUAGACUGAAUCUAGACGUUGAAAUGAAGUAUAAAUCUAUACGUGUAAAUGACGUCUAGAAAUAGACUGAAUCUAGACGUUGAAAUGAAGUAUAAAUUUAUACGUGUAAAUGACGUCUAGAAAUAGACUGAAUCUAGACGUUGAAAUGAAGUAUAAAUUUAUACGUGUAAAUGACGUCUACAUCUAUACUGUGCUGCAUAUCUCUCCACGGUAUCAAAAGUAAUGUAAUCCAGUUUUAAAAGAUCAGUUAUGCACAUUACAGUGGUUUAUUGCAUUAAAAGUUAUCGAAAAAUGAAGUUGAGGGCGAAGUAUAAAUCACGUCUAGAAAUAGACUGAAUCUAGACGUUGAAAUGAAGUAUAAAUUUAUACGUGUAAAUGACGUCUACAUCUCUACCUAUGCUGCAUCUCUCUCCACGGUAUCAUAAGUAAUGUAAUCCAGUAUUAAAAGGUCAGUUAUGCACAUUACAGUUGUUUAUUGCAAAAAUAGUUAUCGAAAAUGAAGUUGAGGGCGAAGUAUAAAUCACGUCUAGAAAUAGACCGAAUCCAGACGUUGAAAUGAAGUAUAAAUUUAUACGUGUAAAUGACGUCUAGAAAUAGACUGAAUCUAGACGUUGAAAUGAAGAAUAAAUUUAUACGUGUAAAUGACGUCUAGAAAUAGACUGAAUCUAGACGUUGAAAUGAAGUAUAAAUUUAAACGUGUAAAUGACGUCUAGAAAUAGACUGAAUCUAGACGUUGAAAUGAAGUAUAAAUUUAUACGUGUAAAUGACGUCUACAUCUAUACUAUGCUGCAUAUCUCUCCACGGUAUCAUAAGUAAUGUAAUCCAGUAUUAAAAGGUCAGUUAUGCACAUUACAGUUGUUUAUUGCAUUAAUAGUUAUUGUAGCAAACCCCUUUUUGGUUUUAUGUAUUGCUGUUUAUCAUUUUGGCCACAAGAGGGCAGCCUUAUACUGUUAAAAUGGUAAAUAAGUUAAAAUCUUAAAAACAAACAGUUAAGCUACUGUCAAUGCAUUUUUGCAUGAUUCGAGAGUAUAAAGUUAUAGUUCAUGAUUUGAGUUUGUUAUAAGAAAAUGUAAUUUAUGUAUUUUAUAUGUAUAUUGCUCAUUUUGGAGCUUAUGUUAUUGUGAGCUUUUAUUUUGAAGAGAUUGCUAACCAAUGUGUCACUUCCUCCUGGCUGUUUUGUGCGGGUAAAAGGAAACAAAAGGACGGUCACGGUAUGAAUGAGCUAAGGUAACGGUGAAAGUAAGAGUUUAAGGUAAAGGAAAAUAAAGUAAUAAAUCUACGUUAACUAAAGAGUGAAGCAACGAAGAAGGUAUAGCUACCCCCCGAGGAGGCACAAGGUUAGUUAGAGAGUGUGUAUGUUAUGGUUUACAUUACGUUACUGUGCUAAAGCUAAGCCAAUUUGCUCUCACCUUCGGUGAAGCUAUUAGGUAAUGGUGCAUUGUGUAAACAGAAAUGUAAUUUCAUUUUUUGUGUUUUGUUAGUUCUCACGGUGAUUUCAUGGAGCUGAUUUAUGGAGCGGUUUAUGAAAAUAAAGACAGUUUUAAGAAAUCAUCAGUCGAGUCCACCAAUCUGUCGGAGGGUACGCUACAGUUAUCGAAAAAUGAAGUUGAUGGCGAAGGAUACAUCACGUCUAGAAAUACACCGAAUCUAGACGUUGAAAUGAAGUAUAAAUUUAUACGUGUAAAUGACGUCUACAUCUAUUCUAUGCUGCAUAUCUGUCCACGGUAUCAUAAGUAAUGUAAUCCAGUAUUAAAAGGUCAGUUAUGCACAUUACAGUGGUUUAUUGCAUAAAUAGUUAUCGAAAAAUGAAGUUGAGGGCGAAGUAUAAAUCACGUCUAGAAAUAGACCGAAUCCAGACGUUGAAAUGAAGUAUAAAUUUAUACGUGUAAAUGACGUCUACAUCUAUACUAUGCUGCAUCUCUCUCCACGGUAUCAAAAGUAAUGUAAUCCAGUAUUAAAAGAUCAGUUAUGCACAUUACAGUGGUUUAUUGCAUUAAAAGUUAUCGAAAAAUGAAGUUGAGGGCGAAGUAUAAAUCACGUCUAGAAAUAGACUGAAUCUAGACGUUGACAUGAAGUAUAAAUUUAUACGUGUAAAUGACGUCUAGAAAUAGACUGAAUCUAGACGUUGAAAUGAAGUAUAAAUUUAUACGUGUAAAUGACGUCUAGAAAUAGACUGAAUCUAGACGUUGAAAUGAAGUAUAAAUUUAUACGUGUAAAUGACGUCUAGAAAUAGACUGAAUCUAGACGUUGAAAUGAAGUAUAAAUUUAUACGUGUAAAUGACGUCUACAUCUAUACUAUGCUGCAUAUCUCUCCACGGUAUCAUAAGUAAUAUAAUCCAGUAUUAAAAGGUCAGUUAUGCACAUUACAGUGGUUUAUCGCAUUAAAAGUUAUCGAAAAAUGAAGUUGAGGGCGAAGUAUAAAUCACGUCUAGAAAUAGACCGAAUCCAGACGUUGAAAUGAAGUAUAAAUUUAUACGUGUAAAUGACGUCUACAUCUAUACUAAGCUGCAUCUCUCUCCACGGUAUCACAUGUAAUGUAAUCCAGUAUUAAAAGGUCAGUUAUGCACAUUACAGUGGUUUAUUGCAUUAAAAGUUAUCGAAAAAUGAAGUUGAGGGCGAAGUAUAAAUCACGUCUAGAAAUAGACUGAAUCUAGACGUUGAAAUGAAGUAUAAAUUUAUACGUGUAAAUGACGUCUACAUCUAUACUAUGCUGCAUCCCUCUCCACGGUAUCACAUGUAAUGUAAUCCAGUAUUAAAAGGUCAGUUAUGCACAUUACAAAGGUUUAUUGCAUUAAAAGUUAUCGAAAAAUGAAGUUGAUGGUGAAGUAUAAAUCACGUCUAGAAAUAGACUGAAUCUAGACGUUGAAGUAUAAAUUUAUACGUGUAAAUGACGUCUACAUCUAUACUAUGCUGCAUAUCUCUCCACGGUAUCAUAAGUAAUGUAAUCAAGUAUUAAAAGGUCAGUUAUGCACAUUACAGUGGUUUAUUGCAUUAAAAGUUAUCGAAAAAUGAAGUUGAGGGCGAGGUAUAAAUCAUGUCUAGAAAUAGACUGAAUCUAGACGUUGAAAUGAAGUAUAAAUUUAUACGUGUAAAUGACGUCUACAUCUAUACUAUGCUGCAUAUAUCUCCACGGUAUCAUAAGUAAUGUAAUCCAGUAUUAAAAGGUCAGUUAUGCACAUUACAGUUGUUUAUUGCAUUAAAAGUUAUCGAAAAAUGAAGUUGAUGGCGAAGUAUAAAUCAUGUCUAGAAAUAGACUGAAUCUAGACGUUGAAAUGAAGUAUAAAUUUAUACGUGUAAAUGACGUCUACAUCUAUACUAUGCUGCAUCUCUCUCCACGGUAUCAUAAGUAAUGUAAUCCAGUAUUAAAAGGUCAGUUAUGCACAUUACAGUUGUUUAUUGCAUAAAUAGUUAUCGAAAAUGAAGUUGAGGGCGAAGUAUAAAUCACGUCUAGAAAUAGACCGAAUCCAGACGUUGAAAUGAAGUAUAAAUUUAGUUUAGACGACUAAUAUACGUCUUUUGCUCAGUGGGUAGGCUCCUAUUGGUCCACGUGACAAAAAUCGCUUCACCCCCUGCAUAUUCGAUUGCGCGUGUGCAAGUAUCACUACGCCGCAGAAGGGAAAUAGUUCGACACCGAAACACUGAUUACUAAAAAUCGACAGGAUGGCAUGAGUAGAUAUUUUUUUUAGUACUUACUAUCAAUAGAGCUAUUUUAUGAAUCACAGUUUAUGUUGCCCCACUGAAGUGGAACGAACCAACACGAUCUCGCUCAGCCAAUACAGCCUAUCCCUCAGUUUGCAAAGUUUUAACUGAUGCCCCCUUCUGGCCUGUAGCAAAAAGCCUGGAGACGCAGCGUUUCUGUUGCAUUAGUUUUCCGGAUGUGUGUGACAAAAUUCAGAUGAGGAGGAAUCACAGACAAAUCAGGGACUAACCAAAGCACCGUUAUCAUGAAUUCACGGUCUGUGUGAUCAGCUAGAAAAUGAAGACCAUGAAUAAGAGCUGUAUUUUUCAGCUUUGGCAUGUACUAAACUGAAAAGGUAAGAAGCAAAUAGUGCUGUUCGAUUUUCAGAUUCAGAGUUGCUUGAGUCUUUGGACUGUGAAGGAGGCCUGUUGAGACUGAAAAAAUGAGUCGACUCCUCUUGGGCUGUAUGGUGGAGUUACUUUGGGUCAUAGUUUGCAGACCAUUUGAAACAAAAGUUAUGAACUAGGAGUCAAAUAAUUUAAAAAUGUCAAUGUCAAACAGAACCAAAGUGUUUGGAAAGUUGAAGGUUUGUCCUGGCAUGUCGAGUAACUCAACAUUUUGCUUCAUACUUUGUGCCUGAAGUUAAAACUCAAACUAAGUUUGUUUAAAUUCUGGGAAUAUUCCUUUCUGACUGCAGGUGGUGGAGGGUGAGAGUCCUCUUCCUCUUGGCUCAACAUGUCGCCGGAAGCGCCUUCGCUCUCUAGGUGAGGAUGAAGAAGAGGCGAGAAGCUGCGCGUCACGCCCUAACCCUGAGGGCUCACUAUCAGCCAGCGAACUGAGCCACUAUGGCAAGCUGGAGGAAGAGGAGGAGGAGUUGCAGAGGCUGUGUCAGCGCUGCCACAUCAUGACAUCACAUCUGAACAGACAAGCUACUGCUCUGGCCGACACUGCAGCUCUGAAGGUCAGGAACAACACUACACUUAUAAAUAUAUCAGAAAGACAGAAACCUAAAUUAAGUUAGGGUCAAACACACCAUAACACAGAGUUAGACACCCUGUCGAGAGAUGAAUGUUGCUGACCGCUUGCUUCUGUAGUUAUACCAACUUUAGUAACGACCGCAGAUAGCAAUACAGAGAGCCAAGCGCUCAACCAAAAAGCCACUCUAUAGCCACAAAUAAUGCUCAGAGCAGCACCUAACUUCAUCAACAGUACAUAUAGGCUGUCAGAGGGGCAGCUUCAGUGUCUUUCAGCCAUAGCACUAGCCAUCAAGCAUCUAUUUGGCUUUGCCUGAUUUCUUUAGUAAAGAGACCAAACACAACUCACCUACUCUCCUCCAGCAGCCCCUUGUGUGUAGCAAGACCUCUGGGCGAGUCCAUCGACUGCAGCGGGGGAACACAGCUCAAGGAAGAACAUUUAUGAUCAUUCAUCUCUCAACGGGGUGUCUAACUCAGUGUUAUGGUGCGUUUGACCCAAACUUAAUUUUAUGCCGGAAUAUCCCUUUAAGCGUAAGAGAUUGCGUAUUACUUAAGAUGCAGCAUGACCAGAAAAAGUAUUUCCUAACUCAAAAGGUUCAUGCAAAGGCUGUCAUUGGCCAAGAAAGGGAUGCAAUAAUCCAUUAAAAAGUUUGGUACAUGAUUUGAAAGAUUAAACGAUUUUAUGUGAUAUUACACAAACACUGUUGACCAAUGAAAACGCUGGUUAUGUUGUCAAAAGAUUCUAUAAAUUCAACAUUUUAUAUUUUUCAGAUUUUUAUUUGGUGUUAAAUUGUAACUAUUGAAAACCCUGGUGAUGUUGUUGCUCAUCUGUCCCUUUUUAUCUCACAACAUUAGGAAUAAUUUGAUGAGCUUAUAGGGUGUGUUUCUUCACUGAGCAUUCAUUUUUCUUAUGAAAGGACUUAUCUUGAAUGAGAAAUAUCCAGCUGAACUACAGGAGCCUAUUUGAACAUAAUGUCUUAUCGCAUGUUAUGUGUUCUGGUCCAGCUCAGCAGACAGCAGCAUCAAAGAGAUGGAGAAGUUAACACUUUCGCAAUUAUUAAACCAUGUUGGUGUGAUAUUCAUUUGAUUGGUCAAUGAGCUUUUAGCCUCUUUUAGCAUUAAGUGUAUAUGGCUGUCUGUGACUUCAUCGUUUUUUUAAGGGUGUUUAAUGUUGUGUUGUGUUUUAGUCAACAGUGAGCCCAGCCUCUGUCAAUAAGAAUAGUUUAUUUUAAAAAAAAUCAUUAUUUACAUUAUAAAACAAACAAAUUGUGCAUUUCAUGAACUAAAGGAAAACAUGUACACAUGUACUUAUUAAUUGAUAGGGAAACUGAAUGCAGAGAGACGUAGUGGAUGAUUCCUCACUUUCUGUCCUGGUGCUGUUUUCUUUGAGUCACUUAUGGGGUCUCGCCUCAGCCAGUGAAGUUAGUUUGAUGUUGAGCUCGACUGUCAGCUUUUUCUGCCGGGGCAAGAGAGCUUCACUCUCUGUAGAGUUAACUCUCUCUCCCUCUGGUUUCUCUGGCUUGCUCUGAUUUAUUCAAUCAUCUGACUUCACUGCCUCUCUCUUUAUUCUCUCUUCCUGCGCUUGCUUUUCAACUCAGAUCCUCACUCGGUUGGUCAUUUACUUGUUCUGUACUCUGCUGACAUUGGAUACUGGGAUGUUUUGGUGCUACAUAAAUUCCUAUUGCACAGUGCAGUGUUAAAAAACAGAGUUCAUUCAGUAUUUCUUAAGAAUUCAGCUAUAAUAGUCUGUGCAGUUCGGCUGAAAUGGGACACCUUGUUGAAACCUCAGAUUUCUUUGUUUCCACACUUAAAUCGACCACAGCAGCAUUUCGUGGUCCUGAGAGGAACUGCACCCAGCUUCUUCUGAUGAAGUUGCUGAUAGGUGCAAUCUCAGAUGAACAGAAGCUCAUUGGUGCUCAGAGUUCAAAGAGGACUGAGGGUUUCAGGUCAGUGAAGCAGGAAGUUGAGUCCCCGCUGCAGUAAAAGCCCUGAGGUCCUGCCCUGUCAGCAGAAAAAUUCUCAGUUAGCAGGAGCUUUAUGAGAUCGACACCCUGACCGAUAAUCGAACCGCCUUUAGCUCGAGUUUGCUGGGAAACGCUGAGUGUUAGUUCUAAAGUCAGUCGGGCAGAUUAUUAUUCAGAUUAAUAUCACAGCAUGGAUUAAAGAUAAUGCUGAUAGACCUACGGUCGGUUUAAUGAAGAAUCAGAGAACGAUUUUCCUCCUGAAUCUUAUUUCAGUUUCAAGCUGAGGCUUUUUCCAUUAGGGGUGUUGAGAGUUCAGUGUUUUGUUAGUGCUUUUCCUGCUAAAAUGUAAUAAUCAAAAAUAUCACUUUAACUGAGCUCCUCUGGUCUGAACAGAGACUUUUUUUAGAAAUAAAACACAGACCCUGGGACUUUUGUGGAUCCCAAUUCCUUUAGCUGCACCUCCCCAGGUCCCUAGUGUUUGUGCAGAUCUCUGGUGCUGUAGACUUUGUUUUUUUUUUUUUUUGUGAAGAAUCAGGUUUGAAACAUUCACACUCAGAAUCAUAUCUCAGUCUUCAGUAUUUAGGAUACUCACAUGUUCAAAAGGAAUCAGUGAGACUUAGAUUCAAGUUUCCUGUAGUCUCAUCCUCACUCUGCCAUCACACAUCGCCUCAACAUGGCUGAGUAAGGAGGAGUUCAGAUCUCUCAGUCGCUCCUCGCUACACUAACAAGCAUCAGACAAGUCAACGGCCUGCAGGGUGGUCAAACAGAGCUCUGCAGAAGCUUAAGGGGUCUGCAGUUUUUUUUUAACAUUAUGAUUCUGCAUUUUUUAUCCUCCUACUGUGUUAAGGUCUGUACCGACCCGUUUUUGAUUUUAAAUGCUUAAAAGAACCACUUAAAUAAGUUUCUUUGCAUCAAGACUUUGACUUUUCUAUUAUAUUGACUAAAUGAUAAAAUGCUCUUAUUAAAAUUAUGGCACUUGUCGUGUUAGGGUAACUGUUGACCCGGUUAGAUCAAUAUCUAAUAAUCAGAGAAAAAACUGAAAUCUUAAGUGCACUGUCAGGCACCACACUGACAGUCAGAUCCUCUUCCAGUCAUGUGAGAUUGAGGAAAUUCUCAUUUUGCCAGGUUUUUCUCUGCACAAAAAACAGCCUCAGGCAUGUUGAGACAUGUGAGAUCAGUUCAGUAUGGAUGUCUGUGUGAGGGGUGUACUGACAAAGAAAGGCCCAGAGGCCCACUACGAAAAAUAUUAUAAGCAAUAUUUUCAUGGAUAAUGAAGUGUAAUAAGGCAACCUAGAGAUGAGAACCAAAUUGGAUAAUAGAGAGUUGUUUUUAGUGUAAUUUACAGCUGAUUUAAGACAAAACCAACCCUUAACAUGGUGGGUGCAUAGUAAAAGCUAACACAGGAGGAAGGUUAAGUAAAUGAUCAAAGACUAUCAACAAGAAGUUCAUUGCUGAUUGAUCUAAUGACUAGUGAACAUUUUUCUGUUGAAAAAAGUUCAAAACAUUUCAGUGGACGCAGCUGAAUGGAUGUAAACUGGUUAAAAAAAUGAAGGUUCACAUCUCGGACACGUAAAUUCAACAUUUAAGCUAUGUUAAGACCAGAUUUGCUUCAAUCACAGGAUCCCUUUCACAUUCACACGCUGUAACAGGGAUUUUUUAGAUAAAAUGAUCACGGUACAGUCACCCACAGAAUUCACAGAUAGAUCAGAGGUACAGUCAAGAGUGCACAAGUGUUAUCUUGUAACUUCUGUCAAUAGACGGGUUUCUGUGCCACGUCAUUACAGGUAUGCUUACUAGCGGAGUCAACAGAGAAAAAAAAUGACAAGAAGCUGUUGUGCUAUAAAUCAUCAUAAACAUUUUUGCUUUGACUUUGUUAGCAUUCACUAACAUUAGGACCCUGCUCCUGAUAUUAGAAACAUCCAAAACAAUGUCACAACCUAAGCUGAGUGAAAUUCAUGGACAUUUAAGCAAGUGUUUUUUGUUUUUUUUUAUUUGUGAUGCAAUGAAACACAAAGCGAUUAUUUCAAUGAUUUGGCCUUUUAAUGCAGUUGUGUCAGGGAGAACUUGCAAACAAUACGGCAUCUUCACUGAUAUCAGUUCACUCUGAAGCAGGCUUUUGCCCCCUGGUUGCAUGCACACCUAGUAUUGAUUGUACACAAGAAACCCCUCUAGAAAAGAAGUGGAGGUGCCGUCUGCAGUUUCACAAAGUGCCACUAGAGGGGGCCUGAACCACCAUUUAAGAAACUCUGAUUGAGGCUUUUGUCCUGUCCAUGUCUGAAGAUGUUAAAGAAUAAGCAAACAAGAAGAAAAAGAUGAUGAUGAGGAGGAGGACAAGGAGGUGAUCUGGAUCAUAGAAUGAUUAAUCUUUUUAACUGAGACAGUCUCUCCUCUGGUCUGUUGUUGCAGCAGCAGGGAUCUGGACUCUUUCCCUCCUUUUCAUCUUGUCUUUACUUUUGUAUUAAUCCGGGUAAAAAGGGAGGAGUCAUUCAGGCCUACAGGACAGCUGCUCUGCUGUGAGGAGCCUUAGAGGAGACUGUCUCUGCACUGAUAACACUCUCCGUGUCUGACCUGCAGCCACUCAGCCUCACUUUAGAGCUGCUGGACGCUGUUUCAUUUUGGUCACAUGAUCCUGACUCAAACUAAGCAGAGGGUCAGCACAUACAGGAGUGUGUUGUCAUGGUCUCACAAGAUGUUUCCUGUGGUAGUGAGUGGUCCUCUCUGUAUGUUCUCAGUGUUGGGGUGUCUCCAUAAGCACAACAAGCCAGUCCUGUCGGAUCUGGACGUUACAUGAGAAUGGGUUUUGUUGAUGCUGAGCAGGUCUUGUUGUUCCAGCUGUUUGUCUCCUCUUUCUCAGAAGACAAACUGAAUAGAAACAUUAUGAGUAUCUCCCCAUCAUUGCCAUGUUUGCGCUUAUCAUAACAUUUUCACUUUUCUUUCGUUUUUUGGGGAACUUUUUAUCCUUCAGCCGAUCUUUGACCUUAAUAUCUGUUUUGAUGAAAGUAUGGGGGCUGCAAUAAUUACACUGUUUAGUACAAAUGGAUCUAUUUUUGUAUGUGAGGGGAGCAUGAGUGUCCCAAAUAUAAAGGCUCAGAAAAAAGUCCUGCCAGUUUAGGUUCUCAUAAGAUACCAAUCUUCCUCAGCUGAAUUUUUCUUCGAAUAAACAAAACAGUGUCUCUUCAUAUAUUUAUUGUAAAAAUCAGAUGUCAUAGAAACAGGUAUAUUCAUUUAGCCAGAUUAAAUCGAUGGCCUUGCUGUGUUUUACGUGUUCUCUGCUCCAUGGUUUAAAGAAAUAAAAGCCAGCGUAGAGACGUUUUCUGCUCGCAGCGUUUGUGAUUAAUGAGAUAAUUAGAGCCGAGGGAGGCCAGUUCAGCUCUUACCUUCAGCAACAUCAAACAGACUUUAAAAGAGUAAUUAGCAGCCAAACGCUCUCACGUUCACAGAGGAGAAUCAGAGCGAUGAUUAAUGUGAGUGUCGUCUGAGAUGAAUUAAUUUUCUCCAUUCAGAAAAACAAACUUAUCCCGUGGGGAAGGGAGAGAGAGGGGGAGAUGUUAAAUCUGCAGUUUGAGGAAAUGUUUGAGUUUGUAUGAGCAACACUCAGAGGAGCAAAAUGAUGAAUUAACACUGUCUAUUUGUCAUGAGGAGAGACAGUUUACUUUUGGUUAGGGUGACUAACUGGGUCUCUGGGUCUCUGUAGUACAAUUCAAACACUGAACAACUGCGUCCAAAGCCUGCAGUUAGAAUAACAGAGAAAGAUACAAGCCUCAGGGGGUCAGAAACACCAGGAUGUCCUACUACAUCUGAGGGACACGUAUUAAGACUAAAGGGUAAAGAAAAGUAAACCGGGACUCAGACUGUCAGACAUUUCUUCUGCUCAAAAACCAAAGAAAUCUAAAUUGUAGAUGAACUGUUUGUGGGAGUCGAGCAACAGCAGGGAAAUUGUUCUGUGCAGCUGCUGUGACGCCCUGCUGUCACCUUCACUGAAUAGAGGAAAGAUUUACAGGACUGAAGCGUGCAGGCAGAAAGUACCAGACUGGUGGUCUGCAGUCAGACGUGAAGGCAUCUUCAGGAGGAUUCAGAGGAGUCUGAGAGCUGAGUGGACUCUACAGGUCAGUGUUUACUCUGAAUUAUAAACAAAUCAAUCGAGGCAGAUCUAGAGCAGCAGCAGCACCUGUGACCUGUGAGGUAAAAAUCUAGUUUGAUCAUCGUGGUCUGGCGUGUCGUUAAGAGUAUUUGUGGUUGAAAAAUCAUCUCCUUCCUGAACAAGAAGCUGAGUCUCUUUAGGGAUAAUUUCUGUGAUGUUUGCAAAUUUGUAAAUUAAUGAUUAGGAGUAAAAACAAGAACUUUUUAUGUAGCAGAUGUCUCAGUCUUUUUCACUGCUGCAGGGUAAACACAUCUACUAAAUCCAAUCUAGAGGGACUGCAAAACUUUUUGUACAUAUUUACAGCAAAUAUUUGCAGAUUUUUUUCCAUCUUAUUCAAAUUAUUUAAAAAUUUAGAAGACUUAGUUUAAACCUCAUUCACCUGACAGGUCAAGCAAAAUUCCAAGAUGUUACACACUGAAAAGAAGAUCUGAAUUGACUGUACUUUGUAAAAUAUCUGUAAUUUUUCAUUUUCUUAUUCCAGUGUCAGAUUUUUACUCAAUACAAGUGAUUUAGUUCUUAUUCAUGGUCUUGAAUACGUUGACAUUUCUGGACUUUUAAGGUAAAUGUGGCUGAAAUAAUCUUAAUGAGACACUUUUUUUUGGCAGUGUUGGAUUUUGAGACCUAAAAAUAUUUUAAAAUAGUAACAAAAUGAUGCUUUUAAUCAGAAAUUAAACUUUCUGAAAUGUUUUUCUAUGACUGCUGCAGAAAUGAAGGGAUUCAGGUUUUAUAUUUUCUGACUUUUGCAUGACUCUAGUUUAUAUCCUGAUGAAUUCCUCUUGACUUUGCUGUGAACUCUGAGCUGCUGUUUGACCUCCAGCCAGCUGCCCUGCAGGACAAAAAGCAGAGGUCAAAGGUCAAACAAAGAGGCAGUAAAACUUGAGUGGAGCUGCAGCGAUGAAGCUUCACAUUGAAACUGACCUCGGACCAGUUUACAAUGUGCACUUCCACAUACUUCUAGGCACUUCUGGCUUUACCAUCUGCGGGUUUGUAACCCCAUCCAUCCCUCAGUUAUUGCAGCCGUCUGAUUGGCUGUCUUCUGUGUGUGGAGUUAUUGAGCACUCUGACACUUGUAGUGGAGCUGACCUGCAGUAAUGAUCCCGACAGACUGACUGUAAAUCUGCUUCUGGAGACGCUGACGGCUUUUAUGUCCUGCUGCCGCUGCCGCCAUGUGUUUGUGCGUGUGUGUGAGUGUGGGUGUGAGUGUGUGUGUUUAUGAGUGUGUCUGAGCAGCUGGUUGAUAGACGGCUGAGAGGCAGAUCAGUCUUUGUGAUGGAGGGUGAAUAAGGUGCAGACAGAGCAGCUGCUGGUUCAUAAAGUCUGUAAGAAAAUUUUAGCAGCGAGUCAAACUCUCACACAGUUUUGUCAACAAACAAUUUCAUUUAAAAGUUCCCAAAUGAUUUUUUUAUGAUUUGCUUUUUUGCAGACAGGAUCACAGAAAACUGGGCCCUCUGUUUUCUUGAAACUUACUUUGAGGGAGCUGCCUGUUCCCUGAAGCUCUUAUCAACUAGUUGAAAUAUUGAUACUUUUUGCAAGUUGAACUCUGACUUGUAAUCAAGCAAACAACAAAAUCUCCCAAAAUCAUUGUUUUUGAUUCACUUCAGCUGUAGCUGAAAUCAGAGUCAAAUCAUACAACAUGUUUGAACUCAAAGCUGGGCUUACAUUUUAGCACAAAUAUAACAGGAAACUCACGCAGUUACCCAGACUUUCAGUUGUAUUAUUCAUGUCACUUAGUUUUCGGAGGGAAUCAGUUUCAGUCUAGAGCCCCCGAAGUUCGCCUGGUGUGGCCAGACUCUUGUCGGUUCCAUUCUUUUAGAUUUUCUUUGCAACAAUUGCAUCAGAAAAGGUGAUUAUGCAGACCGACAACCAGUCAGAUAAACAGAACAGGUUCUCUCGCACAGGGCAACAGAAAUGAGGAUGUGUCUUGUAGUGUUUCCUAAAAAAAAGGGCCGUAACAACAAUUCAUCAUUUCUGACUUUAACUUUUUUUUUUCUUUUUUAAGGAUUUGACUGAAAUGCCUUCCUGAGACCCUCAGACUGUGUAAUGACCUUUGAUUCUGACCUGCCCUGUCACUCUUUAUAGGACCCAUCCUACGCCUCCUUCCUUCUCAACAAGCUCCAACGCUUCCACUGGCCUCGUCCUGACCGCCAUGCCUCUCCUGAUGCCCGCUGUGGCGUCUGCGGUGCCUCCUUCCACCAGUUGAGGCGUCUUGCUCUGCACCGUGCCCUCGGCAUCAGCAGAGACAUGACACCCCGCCCUGCUGCGCCCACAACCACAGCUCGUCCCCUUCCAAUCCCAGAGGGCGGCUGGAGAGGUGAUGAGCUCCCAGUCAAGCAGCAGAGAUGGUCAGAGGAGGAGCAGCUGGGGGGUGGGACUCCGUGGGGAUGGGGCGGAGUUCAGAGCACCUACCUGGGAGGGGGUGGAGCCAGAGGGCUGGCCACAGUCACACCUCUCCCACUGAAUGCACAGACCUACCUGGAGGGGGUUUGGAGGGUGUCCUGCUACAAUCCUGAGGAUACUACGGUGAGCACAGAGAGACACACUGCAUGUGAAGGGACCAAAGUGUGAACAGAUUUAAACAUGUAAACAUAAGUUACAACAACAAAAACCACAAAACAUAAUCGAAUACAACUAAAAUCAAAAACCUCACACCAUGUACAAGUUAAACAUGUAAACAUUUUUAAUCCAGCUGUACAAAUAGACCCCUGAAGAGAUAUUCUGGCGUAAAAUUAAUUUAGGGUCAAACACGCCGUAACACCAAGUUAGACACCCCCUCUAGAGAUAAAUGUUGCCAACCGCUUGCUUCUCUAGUUAUACUGACUGUAGUAACGACUGCAGGAUAGCAAUACACAGCAGUCUGAGGAGCCAUCAAUAAACCUCAACCAAAAAAAGCCACUCUAUAGCCACAAAUAAUGCUCAGAACAGCACCUAACUUCAUCAACAGUAUAUAUAAGGUCCCAGCCAUAGUACUAGCCACCAAACAUCUUUUUAACUUUGCCUAAUCUCUUUAGCAAGGAGACUAAACACAACUCAACUACUCUCUUCCAGCAGCCACUUGUUUGUAGCGAUACCUCAGGCCAGUCUACCAGGACUGCUGCGGGGUGACUCAGCUCAAGGAAAAACAUUUAUGAUCAUUUCUUUAUCAUUUCCUUGAAGUAAUAAUCACCAUGUUAAUCAUUUUGCAUUGCAGACGCAGUAGUUCUUCUGCCUUAGCAACUCAGUCUGAUUGCGUUUCCAUGAAGAAAUGAUCAUAAAUGUUCUUCCUUGAGCUGCGUCACCCCGCAGCAGUCCGUAAUGGACUGGCCAGAGGUCUCGCUACAAACAAGCAGCUGCUGGAAGAGAGUAGGUGAGUCGUGUUUAGACUCUUUGCUAAAGAAAUCAGGCAAAGUUAAAAAGAUGUUUGGUGGCUAGUACUAUGGCUGGGACCCUAUAUGUACUGUUGAUGAAGUUAGGUGCUGUUCUGAGCAUUAUUUGUGGCUAUAGAGUGGCUUUUUGGUUGAGGUUUGUUUAUGGCUCCUCAGACCGCUGUGUAUUGCUAUCAUGCAGUCAUUACUAAAGUUGGUAUAACUAGAGAAGGAAGCGGUUGGCAACAUUUAUCUCUCAAGGGGGUGUCUAACUCUGUGUUAGUGUGUUUGACCCUAAAUAAUUUUAUGCCGGAAUAUCCCUUUAACAUGGAUGUUGAUAGGGUCUUCUUGACUUUUGGAGAAAGCCUCAAGUUGAGAAACUGAAGUCUUGUGUUGGGUCCAUUUUUAAAUACGGAAAGUUGACUCUUGGGUUUGACUCAGCCCCUAACUUUCUGACCUCUUGAGACUGGCACAUGGCCUUGAAUGGCCACUUAAUGAAAUUACGGAAUAAUAAAGGAUCCUAAUCUAAUUAUGAGUGGUUCAUCUCCCAGUUGAAGUUGAACUCAUGAGAUCAUUUCUGGUGGAGCAGCUGUUAAUGUGAGAUGACGGCAGUGGCUGAAAGAGAGCCAAUAAAGCCUCCAGCCGCUGCAGGGAUCCAUGUCUUUAUUAUCCACCCCAUUAUUCCCCAUCAGCAUGCUGGGAGAAACCACUCCUGUUCCCCCCCCAAGGACCCCAAUCCCUCACAAAACUUAGACUCUCAACAUCCGAAAUAGAAACCUGCAUGUGAGCUGCUUAAGGUUUCAGAGUUUCUGCUACAGCCGCAGACGGGGCUCAGAGAAAUCCCAGCAGACAUUAGAGACAGAGAUACAUUUAAUAACAUCAUUCAACAAACUCAUAUGUGCCUGUACAAGAGUUAGACGUGGAUCUUCCAGAAAUUCUUUUAGCCGUGGUUUUUACUGAAAACACUUCAUUUGAGAGCUCUUGGCAGGCUCUUCUGUGCGCACAUGAUGGUGAAUAAAUCAUUCAGAUACCGUGAAAUCCUCCAUGUUUUCACUCCAAAGACGACAACAACAACAAGAACUGAACCAGGACCAAGAACAGGUGGACAUAAGCUGAUUAUUCUCACAGCGGCCAAGAAGCAGAUACACAAUCUGCAGUUGGCAAAAAAAUAAAACCUUUAUUGUAUCACAUCUAUGUAGUAUUAUGUCAUAUGUAAAAAGGCUGCAGUUGCCAGUGUUUCCAUGUUUUUACCUGAAAGAUUUUAGCAUGUGACCAACACUUUUAUUGAUUAUAGGUGAUGUAAUAGGUCAAUAGGGAGAUGUCUCAAAUAUGUCAUGAAUGUAAAGGGGGCCUAGAAGUCCAGCCGUAUCCUUAACUGUCGAGUUAAAACAUGCCAAAAUGAAGAAGCAAUGUCUAAAUCAAACACUCAGGGAUAUUCAUUUUACUUUGCUUCUGCUCUGAUCACACGUGUGAAAUUUAGAGAAGAUUGAACAUUUGUGAGAGUUUUAAACAGCUGUCUGUCCUGUUUUAUUACAACCAGCAACAUGGGACAAAUAAAUGCAUCCCUGUUCCCUGUCCCCUGGUCUCUGGCUCAGGUUUGUGUCUCGGCGGUUUCGUUCUGGCUGUUUGCUCGGCUCGCCUGCAGCUCUCUGUGUAAUCCUGUUAGCUGGCAGAGCGUGUCCCAGUGAAACCGCUGAAUAAUGGACUCCCCAGUUUGUGUUUCCUGUUACCACGUUAAUCCACCAUAACCAGGCCACAAAUCUCAGUCCAGAGAUGAACAGAACAAAUAAACAGAAAAGCAAGAGAAGAAGAAGGAGGAGGAUUGGAAAAGGCCUGUGCACUGACAGAACGAGGGCAUGUACAACACUGACCUACAGAAUCAUCGUAAUGAUCGAUAUGAAGGUCAUGGAUCUGUGAUAUUAAAGGGUAAAUCUGUAGACUAAAGCUGCAUAUUUUACAACUUCAAUAUAGUGGAUGAAACUUUGCCAAAAUUAAAAUGCUUUCCAGCUAGCAUGACUCAUUUUCUUGUUAGCAGGCUAAUUAAAUUCAGAUUUUAAAACAGCUCAGCAGAUCUUAGUGUUCUCCAGCUGUUAGCAUGACUCAGCAGGAUUGGCAGUGAGAUAGGGCGGGCCUGAAAAGAGCCUCAGUUGUUAAAGCAGCUGUAUUGUGAUUGAGCAGAAUGGGGACUCUGGAUACCAGUGAACAGGCUAAUGACUGCAGAUUAUUAGUUAAUGACCUCCUCAUCCAGAGCUUCCUCCUCACUCAGCUAAUGAAGAUUCAAGCUAAUGAGCUGGUAGCAGCGGCGGCCAUGUUUCCUGCUGCUUCGUCUCCUCUGGGAUCAGCUGAGUCUCAUCACUGUUGGAGGAUGUUAAUUAAUAAAUCAAACAUCUUUUAUUUUGGCCCAAGAUUUGAAUAAACAGUUUCUUCAAGUAAGGGGAUAAAUGCUGCCUAGAGAAAACAUUUAUCGCUUUAUACUUUUCUUACAAGUUUGAUUUCUGACCAUUUUUUAAAAAAAUUUGGAAUAAUCUACUUUUCUAUUCAUUAUCAGAUAAUAGGGUUCUCUUUUGCCAUGGGUUUUGGAAUAAAUUGGAUCCGUCUGAUUUGAUGAAGAUAUAAACUUUAAGAUUUUCUAAUCCAGAUUACAGAAAUCCUUUGUAUUUAUAUACUUUUGCCACAGGGGGCGCCAAAUUCACACAUACAGAAAGAAAUAUUUCAUGUUUGAUAUUGUUUCUAUUUGAAGAAAAACUGGUACUUUUUUCAAAACCAAUGUCUACUUUAUAAACUCUUUAGAUAUAUCAUUAUCCAAGUGCUUGUCCUGAUAUUAUUGAUCAAAUCCUUCCCAGAAAUUUUAACACCACAAUAUGAAGGUUCGGUCAGGAUAAAAUUGAAAUUUUAUGGUCUGAUUGCACAUUCUGUUCUUAUGAAUGAUCUUUCCAAAAGAGAUGAUCCAUUCUGAUCGUUUUAAUCUGAUCAAACGAUUCUGAACAUCUGGGCCCAGCUCGAGUUUUUUCCUCGAGCUCAUCUUUAAGAAACUUUUUUUAAAUGAAUAAACACUUUCUUUACAAUGAAGCAUCAUUUAAACAUUGCUGUCAGUUCAGUAACAUUAAUAUUCUCGUGUAUAAAAUUUCCUUCUUUCUCAUGUGUCUUGUGUUUCAGGGUUUGACUUCAGACUAUAUGACCUUAACUGGCUCGAUACAGGAAAUCAAACCAGCAGGUCACAGCAUUGCCACCCAGACGAGCCAACCCCCAUCUGCUGCAGCCUCUUUCUUCAUCAGGUCAGUGAACGCAUCACUCCUUAAAACCUUUAACCUUCAUCCAAACUCAGUGCAACAACUUUGAAAAGUUGUGUGUCCUUUCUCGAAUUACACAGUUAAGUGUAUGAUCAAGCACAUAUCCUGGUAUGUGUACAUGACAGGGAACAACCUCAGCCCCAUUUUAAGACAGGAAAACCCUAUUACAUAAUAUACAGCAAUUUCAGUGUGUUUAGGGGCUUUUAGCUGCACACAAUGUUCCAAAAAUGUCAUAUAAUUGGGGUGAUACAGCACACGCAGUGUUUCUAUCUGCAGGAAAAUGCUGACACAUCUCCUCCCUAAUGCGGGGUCUUGUAUUUGAAAGGGUUAAAGUUUCGAUCUAAAGGGCCUUUUACUAUGAAGGGAAAGUUAAAACGAGAAUAUUUCUACAGUGAAAAGGCCUGAAUCUCAUGAAUUUAUCCCCAAGCAUUAGAAAAAUCCUGUAAUUUCAUGCCAUCCUCUCUGAUCCAGAUUCAGUCGUGAGAACACGCUCUGAAAAGUAAAACCAGUCUUCUCCCCGUACAGAAUCUAAUUGGCAGGUUUUCUAUUUUUAUCCAGUGUGAGUGGUUGGAGCUGUCAAGGAGCAGCUGAGCAGCAAGGCCUUCAGGGUUCAGAAGGGUUUCAGUGUGACAAGAAUUACAGCUGGGUUUGUGUCUAAUCUGGAUAAAUUGGUGUUGAAUAGCUGAUGGAGACUCACAGAAUGAGCAGAGUCUGUGUGGUGCCCAGAGUGUGUAAAAAACUCACCAAACCUUUGGACUGGAUCGUGAGACAGACGCGAACAGACAGAGAACAGCAGUGCUCUUUUUAAGUUCCGGGGACCUCUGACUGCUGCAAAAAAGACACCUUUUUACCUCUUUUUUUUCUUUGUCACUACACAAACACUCACCUCUAUCUUUACUGAAGGACACAUACAUAUCUAAAAGGAUUCCACUUAAACUUUUAGUUGAAUUAAUGUUACAGAAAUUCAGCCCUGCUUAUCAAAGUACCAACUGCAGUUCCUCAAGUGCCCAUAGGGGGCUUUCUCCUAAAGUGAGUCAGUCCUCAUAGAGCCUCAUGUUAAAAUGUCAAACUCAAUGGCAGAAAUAAACAUGUUUACAUCCUGGAUUUAAAAAAUUGUUUAGGUCUCUGAAGCUCAUUUCUCUGUUCAUGAAAACUGUUCAGGCUAAACUCCCCAGUUUACAAUAUAUUUAAGAUUAAAGUUCAGGGAAAUUAGGGGCGUGGCCUCUGUGAGUGACAGGUGGGAGCUGCAAGCUGUCAAUUAAGCUAAUUCCGUCACUGAACUUCAUCUCCGGGUCACUUUGGGGAGAUUUUUUCAUGUUGGAUUAAUAAUUGCUGUACUGGAUUUACAGACCCUCAAAGAAAUCUGACACAGUAUCUUUACACUCAGUAAAAUUCUGAUCUGGAUGUAAACAUAUGAGGAGCUGAGGUAGGGGUUUACCAUACCUUAGUCACAUAUUGCCAUACAUGGGAGUCAGGAUUUUCUCAGUGUCUAAAUAUGGUCACUGAACUAUGAACAUAAGGCGCUAAAAAUCACUGAAUGAUGGGUGAUAUCGUGGCGGUGACCUCAAUCACUACCUUGGUCUGUUUUCUGAACAGGUGAGAGGACACCUGUGAGCUGCAGCAGUCUUUAACAUCUCCAUAUUUAUGGAGUACAGUUUACCACGGUGCUCCUCCAGCAGCUCCUCAAACACCUGAGCCCAGCUGAAACUCUUCAGACAGGUCUCAGGGUCAUUGUUACCCAGCAUCCACUUCAAAGACUUCCCAGCAUGCAUCUGUAAGUGGGUGGUGAGGGCUGAGAGGAGGCAGCAGAGAGUCACUCUGCUUUUAUCUGAGGAUCUUUGAAGGCUCCAUUAGCCUGCAGCUCCCCGCUGAGCACACACACACAUCUAAGAUAGAGUUCCUGCGCAGUUACAGCGUGGUUUAGUGCUGUUAAAUCCUGCAGAACUGGUCCAGUCUGAGUGGAUGCCAUGGGUGAGCGCCAACAUCUGUUCUACAAAGCCAGUUUAAUUAUCCAGGUUAUCUCAAGUCACCUGAUCCACUGAAACUCACAGUCAUGGUCAAAUUGUCCAAUCACCAAAUGAUCAGCAGAGACGCCAAUUGAUCGGGAUGAUCUAAAAAACAUAAUACAGACUCAAACCAACAACAACCAUGACUACAGAGGAAAACUGACUGUGUGAAUAUCCAAGGUCACAAAACAUCUACUCUCCACAAUCAGAGUUUUUAUGGAGGAUGAAAAAAUUGAAGGGAUGUUCCGAUCUGGAUCUCAACAACUAGACUUGAGCCGAUCUAAAGAGGAUAAAAGUUUAAAAAAUGAAAAAUAAAUAAAUCAGCAGAGAAAAGGCGAAUGUGAGACUGAAAACAGAAAAUCUGUAGAGCAUGGAGAGAAGCCAGAGACGGACAUUCAGGCUCUCUGCCAGCAGACAGUGAGGAGUCGACAGUUGGAGGUUCAACAGGAGACGACCGUGUUAACAUGAAGCAAAGUGAGAACGCUGGCAGACGAGUGGGAGUUAUUUCAAUAUGGCAGCCAGAGAUGUUUUCCCUCCAUCUGUUUGUCAGUGUGCAGAGAAAUCCCCCUCCACUGCCCAGAAGACACUCAACAGUUACAGUAAAUACACACACAUUCAUCGCACAACACCGUCUUAAAACUCUCAUUCAUCAUGAAAUUUACUUACUGUAAAUUUACUGCUACACAACUUUAAUCAUUCACUUUAAUAUGGACAUUGUUUCCAAAGCAGCAUAAUCACUAAACAAUUGGUUGCAUUAAAUACCUGAUUCUGAUUGGUCAAAACCCUGUAACAGUAGCUACGUUUACAUGGAGCCAAAUAUUCCGAAUAUAAUCGGAUUAGAAGCCCAAUCGGAAUGAAAAUGCUCCAUAUAAACACCUCAUUCGGAAUAAACAGGCCCAUUCCGAAUGGAAUUUCAUUCCGAUUCACAGGGGUAGAAUUUUCCUUUUCCCAUUCCGAUUAAAAGCAAAAUCCUGUCAUGUAAACGGUGAAUCGGAAAGUUGUCAGGCUGGGUUCUGUCUGCGCAUGCUCUGUCCUGAUGUAAACAAGCAGUGACGUAUGACUCACAUGGUGGGACAUCAUGUGACAACAUCACGUGAUGUUUGAAGGUAUCACGUGUCUGUAAAUAGCUGUUCCGAUUGAAUGCCGUGGCACAUGUAAACACCAGAUCAGAAUAGAUCGCUUCCAUGUAAACAGUUCGCCUGGGAGCUUCAAUCGGAAUGAUUAUAAUCCGAAUGAGAAAAAAGUCUGCAUGUAAACGUGGCUAGUAAUAAGGACACCAGGAACAACCUGACCCCACAACACAUCAUAUCAAUCCACAUGGAGGAGUCCAACGUGUUUCACCUUGACCUGUUGACACAGUGGAAACCCUAAUUCAACAGCUUCAGCGACAUUAAAGAUAUUUUAUUUUUAGAUCCUCUCAUCUCUACAAACAAACCAUGAGUGUCUGUGUUGAUAGCAAGAAUACUGAAAGUACUGAAAGAAUACUGAAAGCCUUAUUUCCACUUACAAAUGUCCGUGUUUGUGAAUCUGCUUGGAGUGUGUUCAAGGGAUUGAACUGUUGCUGUCGAUUCCUAAGAAACCAUUGGUGGUGCGCUUUCAGAGCUCAAAUGUUAUUGUUUCUCUGGUUCUGGAAAAUUUGUAACCGAGUACUUCAUGGACCUAGUUUCGAUUCCCUUUCUCAUCUACAACAGGAUUUUUUUAUUGUAAGAACCCCACUUUUCUAUCUCAUUGUGGGGUUGAUCACUUCAGGUCCUUGUGGAUCCUUGCACGUCCAAAGCAAACCCCCUUGCCUCUCCGAAUCGCUGAACCCCUCGGGUGCCAACAUCCAUUUAAAAAGAAGGCGCCUGAAGCCAUGUGACAUGAAAACCGCCGACACUGCACCUCUGGAGGGGGGGUGUCGUGGGUAGUCAGGGGUGUUGGCUGGUGUCAGCUGAUUUUACACCCUCUCUGUUUGGAGGCUGCUGAGCUUCAGUUGUAAUUAUCGCUGACAAACCCCAGAGUGGCGAAGUCACCAGUCAUCCCCCCACACCCCACCUCCUACACCUUCCACCCUCCAUCUGAUAUGUAUGCAUUAGCUGGUGUUCAUGGUAGGGAGAGCACAGAGGACGAAGAGGAGGGUGGAGUGCCUUUGAACAGAGACCUUCAUCCUGUGAUAAUUCAGCCUCUUGAGGAAGAGCUCUCUGUGUCUGAGAUCAUGAAAUUAUUAAAGUUGAAUGUCCUCACACAUGAAACCCAGAGACAGAGCCCCCCCAAGAAAUCAAAGCUCAUCCCACAUUCAACUUCAAAACCGCAAACAUGAAGGAAGGAGAGAAGAAGAUGUCGUCCAUUAUUCAGGGGACAGAGUGAGACCUCGCCGUGGAAACAUGUGAAACGUCUCGGUUCAUGAACACAACAGGAUGUUGGUGACGAGAUGGAAGAGGUGGUGUUCACAGAAACACAGCAGAGCCCUGCAGACAAACAAACAAACACCAUUGAGGAUUUUUUUCUCUUCAAGGAGGGAGGAGGUCGGAUCUGAGGCGCCAAACUCUUUGCUUUGGACUGGACCCGGGGUGGCAGUAGCUCAGGAGGUAGAGCGAUUGGCCAAUAACUGGAAGGUUGGCGGUUUGAUUCUCCCCUACCCUUAGUCUGUCUGUUGUGUCCUUGGACAAGACACUUAACCCACCUUGCUCCCAGUGUGUGUCCUCCACUGGUGUAUGAUUGUGAGUGUUGUGUGGUGGUGGUGGGAGAGGCCGUAGGCACAAACUGGCAGCCACAUCCCCGUCAGUCUGCCCCAAGACAGCUGUGACUACUAAGGUAGUUUACCACCACCAAGGUAAAAGUGGAAAACCUCCCCUUUAAGACCCACAGCAGCACCAUAAGUGGGUUGUAACAUCUUGAGUGAUUAAAAUAACACCUUGCCUUCAGACCUUUUCCGGUAAAACCCUCCAAAAAAGCUGAACAUUAAAUCAAACUCCCCACAAAGGAGGGUUAAGUUCCCCCAAAGUGGGUCUCUGGCUCUGGGCCCGGCUGUUCUUAUCAAAUUCCAGGAGUGAUAAUCUGGCUUCCUAAAAUCUGUCAGAGCAACCAGACUCCCUGCAUCAGUGUGUGAACGUGCUCCGCAGCUGCAGCAAUGCACCAAAACCUGACCUGCAACACGGAGGCUGAUUAACCAUGCAGGGUCUGAUGUCACUGAAACACAAGUCAGAGCGGCUCCUGACUUUGAAAAGUUUUAAGGAAUGAAGAUCAGAGUGAACCCGGAGCAGCAGAGGAGUGACUGCAGAUUAAAGAGUGAAACAUCAGGACUUUUCUUCAUUUACUGAUAUGUGUCUGAAUUACUGAAACAGUCCUUAAGCGGGGCUCACACUACAAGAUAAUUGUGCCCUUUUUGUGUCCAGUUCCCACAAAAGUCAGAAAGCCAAAUUAUCCUGUGGUGUGAGGUGUGUUAGAAAGAGGACCAUCGAAUAUGGAUGAUCAGAGCCUCCUCAGUCUUGAAUUAUAAAUAUCAAACAUGCUGUAAAUAACCCUAACUCUGAGGACGACUGAGCAUUCACUCCGUCUGCUGUCUCAUUGACCAAAUCGAUAUCAUGUUGGGAAGCAAGCAAACCAAAGAAGGAUGCACAUCAAACACAACCAUGGCAACGAUGGUAAACAUGAAGCAUAAACCAAGAUGGAAGUCAGAAAAAGAGAACCUACUUGUUGAUAUGUGGGGAGAAUAUGAGUGUUUACGCAAAACAAACCUGAACCAAUCUUUCCCUCUUUUCUAAGUGUAGUGAGUCGAGUUCCUCUGCUGGAAAUCGGCCUCAGCACAUGCUCACUCUAUAUUUCAGACACCAAAAACAGCAGUAUUUUACAGUACUGACUCCCUUCGUGAUUUGUUCCGAGCUUCAUAUCAUCUGUUCAUCAGUCGGACUCUUUUUAUUGCUUUACUUUAUAAAAGUCGAACCUUCCUCACAGGGGAAACAGUCUGCAGAGCGAUGCUUCCACUCAUAUCAGAUAAGUUCAUUCUGCAGAGAGCGUAUGGUCAGUAAGUGUGAAAUUGGACGUCUGUCAGAUUCAAACAUCUGCUGCUCGGGGUCUGUUUGUCUUGUAUCGACCAUGGUCCUCUGAAGAUAGACAUGUCUGAUAACAAAGAGUUGGUUAUUUUUGUUUUAUGUGGUUCAGGAAGAUGUUUUUAUCCUCAGAGGAGGCGAGCUGCGAGAUUUAUAUAUAAAAACCCAGAACCGCUUAAGCGAUGUCUUCCCCCAAGAGUUUUUUUUCAUAUCCUUCUAUCACUCCUCGUUAUCUUUGCAGGGGAACAGUUACUGAUCCACCUCAAAAGUGGGGUAUGAUAAGUUUACCUCUCAGAGUUAUGUAUAAAAACCUAAAAAGCUCAUUUUGGAGUCAGUCAAACUUCUUAGCUGCAGCAGAGCCUUUUGACCCAGCUUUAACCUCUCUCUCUCUCUCUCUCUCUCUCUCUCUCUCUCUCUCUCUCUCUCUCUCUCUCUCUCUCUCUCUCUCUCUCUCUCUCUCUGUGUGUCAGGGCUGUUUGAUCGGCCGUCAGUUUUGAAACGAAAGUUGGAGGACAGAUCCUAAGUUUAGACAUGCAGACAGUGUGUGGGUGGGAAAAUUAGCUGGAAGAAGAUGGUGCAGGGGUGGACAAAGCUUGGUAAAAGCUAAUGGCUAAUGACGGCUGAGACACAAAUCAUCCUUUGAAUUUAAGACAGACAGACAGCAGUGUGAUGAUCAGUCUGUUCAACCUCAGUCUGACCACUUUUAUCAUGGCUGCACUGUGAAUGUCUGUGAAUGUAAGUCAGUUUAACUUCCAGAAAAAAUGUUAUUCAGCCAGCUUGGUCUAAAAAGAUUUAGGUAUCUUGAGGAAGUUACUCACAACAUAAAAAAUAUAUUUUAUUAAACAAUCAAUGACAUUAAUAAGUAAAGUCUCCUCUGGUCUGGGAUCAGUGUAGAGUCUGAUCACCACCUCCUGCAGGCCAACUCUGACAGAUUUCCUCGGGCGGCUCACCUCAUAUUGAUUGGUGUCUGGUUCAGGGUAUUGAUCUGGACUGUACUGGAUAUGGAUCUGUGGAUUGCCUCUGAAUGAUCAGCUCAGAAAACUCUCCCUCUCGCUCUCUGCAGAAAUGAUAUUUUUUUCCUGCGGUAUUGAUCGCCUCCUCUGAUCACUCAUCAUCUGUCAAAUCAUGCUCACUUAUGGAUUUUCUAUUUUAGCCCCAGACGUGAAGAAGUUUGGACUCUCAGUCUGAAAAAGACUGAGAAUAUUUGAUAUUUGGGAGUUUUGGAACAGUUUUGGUUUUUGAUUUCCUCUUUUUGGUCACUGACCAAUCAAGAACAAGGACAGUAGAGUAUGGAUCUUACAGUGCUGUAGUACUUCACUCCAGGACUUAAGCUGCGUUACAGUUACCUCGGAAGUCGGUUGUCGGAGCUGGUAAUGACGUUACACCCGAGUUGACGGCAUUCCAGUUAACAGGUCGGAAAACCAAGAUGGACGCCUACAGUUACCGUUGUUAGCUAUUGUUUACAAUUGUCAGCUGCUAUUAGCCGUUGUCAGCUGUUGUUAGCUGCGAUACCAGUUGUAAACAAUGCAUAACACAGUAUCUUACUAUUACAAACGCUGUAGCACCAUGUUCAUAGUUAGACGUUGGGCAGUAUGACAUAUACCACUUAUUUAAUUUAACAAAAACAAAACAGAAGUGCUAAUAAAUAAUACAUUACAAGAGCGUUCACUGUUACUCUUUACUGUUGAUGCACUGCGCUGCCAUCUUGGAUUAUGACGUUGAUGUCAAGUCGGGGUUGGUGAGGAUCGUCCGACUUUCUGAGUCAGAAAUUCAACUUCAGGGGGGCGUUCCAAAUGAAUUUCCGAUUCGUAGCUCGGAAGUUCCUGACAUCUGAGUAGAACUGAAGUGCAGCAUUAGACUAUGGUCUGAUGUAGUCUGAUGACUUGACAUUCAAGUGCACACAAAUCAGAUUUGGACUUGGACUGGAGCAUGGCUGUAGCAGGACUUUGAAGGUAAAAAGGAGUAUUCAAACUUAUUCACUGACAAAAACUGUUUAACUGAACUUUUGUUCCUUGAAAUGUUUGACUCUAGUAUCUUAGAUGUGUUCACCUGCAGGCACAUCCACAUGCAACAAUAAAGCAGUGGGAACUCAACUUGUUCUUGAAUUCUUGUUUGGUGGCUUGGACUUGAACACUGAAGACUUGAAAUUCAAAUCAGAUGGGAGGUUUGGGGACAGGACUCCAGGAGCGGUAACUUUAAACUUGGCAGUAGUAUUUGACCGAAGCAGGUCUUGGGUGAGGCUGGUCUGUGAGUGUCCUUGUCCUGUAGCUUUAUCAGAUUGGCCCCAUACUGUAUCAUGGAGACGAUGGAUGAAUACCGGUUACUUUAAGCCUCCUGGUACACUCAAUUUCACUGUUGCCUGCAGCUCACCUCUGUCAAAAAAGCACAUUGUGGCCAAUUUACUAUCUCAGGUAAAUAAUUCAUUAAUUGAUCCCAUUUGAUUGUUAGUUUAUUUUUCCAUAUCUACUGAAAGAUCCAUCCACACAUCUGCUUUUUUAUCAACUACACACACACACACACACAUACACACACACACACACACACACACACACACACACACACACACACACACACACACACAGUCUCAGUGUCUUUGAAGUCCAGUAGUGGGGGGGCAUGAGGGUAUCUGUCAUCUCAUGAAGUAUUCAUGUAGCAUGUCAAGUGUGUGUGUAAGAGUGUGUAAGUGUGCGUUCACAGCUUCUGUGUGUCGACACGAGGAGGAGGCGGGGCUGUGAAGAGGGGGAGGAGGAGGAGGGGGAGAGGGAGGGCAGGGAGGAGAGGGAGGGAAGGUGAGUGAGGCAGACGGACGGAGGGACAGAGGGAGGAAGGAAGGCUGGAGCAUCGCCAGCGUUUCCCGGCAACAACGACAUCGAGAGGCAGGAAUCCACCCGCUCUUCAUUCACUCCUUUAUUUCUACCUCUAAUCCUUUAUUCCUCCUCUGCUGCUGCUUCCCUUCAUCCCUCCCUCUCUCUCUCUCCUGGAGUCAGAGGAGGAGGAGGAGGAGGAGGAGGGAGGGGUGGAGAGGAAGAGCAUUGCGAUACUGCAGGAACAGACUGAGGAGCUACAGGAGAGAAGAGAGGGAGAGGGAGGAGAGGUGGAGGAAGGAGAAUAGGGACACUGAAAGGAAAAGAAGUGGACAACGAAGGGAAGAAUUGAAAAAAAAACUGAGAAGGAAGGUGAGAGAAAAAGAGUGGGAAUGAGGCAAAGUGAGAGGAAAAGGUGGGAGUGCUUGAACCAAGAGAAAAAAGACAGAGAGGGGGAGAUAGAUGAGAGAUUAAAGUAGGUGAUGGAAAGGUUAGGAUAGAGGAAAAAGGAGGGAAAGAGGUCAAGUGGCUGCAGGGGGUAAUAAAAAGGGAUGAAAUCUGAUGUAGAGCGAGAAGAAGAGGUGAGGAGCAUCAUUUCAUGAUCUAAAUGUUAGUUUGUUCACAUGGACAUUUGGUGCCAGAUUUUUCUGAGUGAAAGAUGGAAAACAGGUGAAUCUUUGGCGUCUGCCUUGGUUGACAAACUGAACUGAACCUCCGCAGUUCGUUGCAGGAUUUAACUAUUUUCAGCGGAUCAUGCCUCGACAGAAACUCUCAACAUUUUUCGUUGAAAAGUUUCAGCGGCUCGGAUGGACUCUCACCAUCAAGACUUCAUGUCAGAGAUGAAUCCGAGGACUCUGAUUGACGGACAGAUGAGGGGGGUUCAUUGAUGUGUGAAGGAUAAGUGGAAACGUCUGUCACUUUACUUUGAUUGAUGAGCGACUGAAACCUGUUGGAGUACCAACAACAGAUCCCUGUUGAGUUCAGCGAGAAAGAAACAUUUCUUCGCAGAUGAUGUUUGGAUUUACAGAUGACUGGACGAUCAGUGGGCUGAUAUAUUAAGAAUAACUUUGGACUUAUGUUUUGAUGUUGAAACGAUGGACAGAGUUGGAUCUUGGAAACCUCAUUCAUUCUGAGAGUAUUUGACAAGGACAGAGAGGAUACCAGAAGUUUAACUUGAAGAACUUGCAACUAUUGUUCUUCCUCAAGUCUUUGGUGACAAAACCUUUAUCACAAAAAGAGCACAGAGAUUAAGAGUUUACAGGUGGAUGAAGUAAGGUUUAUUGACUACUUAAAGAGAAACUGAUUUAAUUGAAAGAUCUUGAAAGAAGAUCUGGUUCAUGAACAGGGGAGGUCUUGGAAAAAUUCAAUGUUUAAUGAAAGAUCUGUGAAUAUCUUUGUCUCCAAGACUAUCCGAGAUAUAAAAAGAUUUUAAAAUACAAACAGGAAGAUGGUCUCAGGUUUUCAGGUUUCUAAGCUUCAAAUUUGGACUCUUGGGCUGUUUGAUUUGAUGAACAAGUUGACUAAAAACCAAUAAAACUCCAAAUUAUUUCAUGAACCAAUGAUGCUUAGAAGCGAAUAUGGCUAAACUAAGAAAUCAUCUUCUGAUAAUAAAAGGUUUGAUGAGUAUUAAAAAGUAUAGAUGACGCAGAAAACGUUGUGCCAAACUGAGUUUGUUGCUAACUGUGUUUGCAGACAUUGGUCUGAUUUAUUUGAGAGGUCACUUUAGUGAUACCUAAAGGAUAAAUUAAUACUCUUGAUUACCAUUAAAUGCUGAAAUUAGAGGUAGAAACAGGUUUGAAUGAUCGGCUGAGACAUUUUCAAUGAGACUUUGUGAGGAAUCCUGUCACUCAGAUAAAAUAAAUGAUGAAAUGAGUUAUUCUGACUAAAAACAUAAAAAAAAUCUGGACUUCCUCCUAGCUGGAUAUCGGUGGUUCUGACCUCAAAUCUUUGUGUCCUUGUUGCUUGAACAGUUUUCUUCGGCUUUUGGAUCAAUCAAGUCUCUUUGAAAACUUCUUCAAAAGCUCUUUGAGGUUUGAACUGGAUAUCUCCUCAGUCCUGACCCGUUUCGCCUGAAAACUCUCGCUUUCCAUCACUUCUGGUUCAACUUGGGGGUUUCCUCGUUGAUAUGCUUCUUCAUUGAUCACAUCUUUGAUCUCUGAGUCUGGAUGCGAUCACUCAGAUGUUCUCCAUCACGGUCUCACUGGAUGAAAAAAGUUUUUUUAUGAUGGUGAAUGAGGUCGAGAGAAAGUUUGGAUCUGGUUUCUCUACAAGGCAAAGAAGUUUGAGCAGAUAAUGGAUUGGAAGGAACUGUGAGUAUCACUCUGCAGUUAAACCCUCUCUUUAAGUCAUUUCUUCUGACAGGGCAGACGCUGUGGCAGUGAGUGGUGUGUAGGACUUGAAAUUGAUACUGUUUUUGUCUGUGGAGAGAGACCCCCUUGUUUUUACCAAAUGCUCUUAUACUGAAAUUGUGUCCAAAGCAGUUCUUUGGCAAAAGGAGUGACUUGAAGCACUCUUUACUCCAGUUUAAGGGGAAUUUAAGCUUUAAAAAAGUUAUCAUUAGCCAUGCUGGAGAUAGAUAACAUCAGGCUUCAGGAAAUAUUGAUUCUUUUUUUUUUUAUCUCUCAGCUUUUAACUUGUGACAGCAUUCUCUAAUAUCAUUAAAUAUAAAACAGAGUCUUAACACAUGGAUUACAUAAAAGCAGAUAGCUCAUUCAUAUAAAUGAGCAUACCUCUGCAAAAUGCAUGGAUCAGGAUGGGAGAAUCCAGCACAAUCCUUUCUUCCUCUCCUCCUUCUAAAUCAUUGUGGUUCAAGGUCAGACCAGCACACAAAUAGAAAGCUGCCAACGGUGCGGGUCGGUUUUCUUUGACUACCUUUAAUAACUUUUGACAUUAGAAACACAGACAAGUUUGGAGCGUCUCUUGCUUUAUCAUUAUCAAUGGGUAAGGAUGCAGGUAGAGCAGCAGCAAAGACACUUAGGCUACAUUCAGACACAUUAAAGCCAAGGCAGCGGGAAUAGCAACAAAGGUCACAUUAAAAUGAUGGGCUUGGGUGGGGCCAGGAUGCAGGUUGCAGAGUAAGCUGGUUAUUGUCUGAAAUGGGCUGCCUUUAGGGUCAGCUGACUUUGUGGUCUGCCUGAACUAACACUGGGUUCAGCUACAUGAAAUUACAGUAGUGUUACACAGUCUUCUCUCUGAGUUGUUUGAGUGGUGUUUAUGGUCUGCGUGUACACUUGUAAAUGUUAUCUAGUGUCUUUGUUGCACUGGUAAUAACUUUGUCUUAAACUUUAAGUCUUUAUGUCAUGUGUGAGACUCUGUACACUCUGGUUUUAGUCAUCACUUGCUUUUGACUGAAACAUAAAUGCUGUUUCUCUCCAUUUUAUCGUCUAAAACGAGCUUUAGAUUUGUGGAUAUUGAUGUGUCCACAGGAGCAGAUAAGACAGUAAAACCUGGUGUAGUCAGGAUUAAACCAUAAAGUUGGUUCAUUCUUGUAGCGGUGGGAUUGUUAACUUUUAUGUCUGGUUAUAAAAUAACACAUACUAUCAUCUGAAACUGGAAAUACAGACUCACAGUAUUAGAAAGCAGAUUCCAGCCCUGUUCAUUACUCUCCGAGGUCUCUUUCUGUACAAGGCUGUAAAUAAAUCACAGUAACAUGUUUAACCCUUUAUGUGCCACUGCUUCCACUGAACCAGGACCAGAGUUCAACCAGUAAGCGGUUUUUCUUUUGCCCACCAAAGUAAAAAUGAGUGGUUUUGUGUUUUAUCUUCAGGGCGGCUCAGAAGCUGAGUCUGUCCCGCAGGAAGAAGUCCCAGCCAGGCCCCGCCUCCCCACCCAGUGAGGUCCCAGGGCUCCUGCUUUACACCGGGGGCUUCAGUGGCGCCCUGCAGCUCUCCCCGCCCGCCAUCCCGCCAUGCCUCCUCCGAGCUGGGUCGAAGGUCAAGGACACGCCAGGGAUGGGAAAGGUGAGACGUCAUGUUGUUACCCAGAAUGCAGUGUUCUCAGGCUUCUGGAAUCUCAUGAAUCCAGAUUGUGAUGUUGACAAUGCAGUAGGUUGAGGGAAACAGCCGGGUUAGGGUGGGUGGAGUGGGUGGGGUCAUAGGGUCAUAAAGAUGAAAGAACUUCCUGUUUGUGUAUGAAGGGACUGAUUGACUCGAGGGUCUUUGUGCUCAAGGACAAGAAGCCAUCACAUCUAAGACCACUGUGGGAAAUAUUUCCCUGUUGUUGAACAGUGUGUUCGAUUAGCCUUUAGUACCACUAGUUUGCUGAGUUACCAUGGAAACAGUCAUAUAGUUAGUAACAGCAGAGUUUGAUGGUUUGCAUAUCAAUUCAAGCCUGUAUAUGAUUGAAAAUACUGCAAAGAAACCAAACAUCAAAUGCUAAAACAAGAAAGAUGAAUAAGAACGAUUAACUGUUAUGUUUAGUUGAGACAGGGAACCCAGCAGACCAGGUUCUGGAGUCUGAAAGUGAAAUGCUGUCCCAUCCUCGCCUCAACAGCUCAGGGUCUCCUUUGUCCUAUUUUUUCAUUUCAUCUUACUCCAAAUGUUUUCAAUCUAUAACAAAUUACUGCUCAAAGUCAGGUGGUACAUCUCCCCUUUUCCGCUUUUCCUAAAUAAGCUGAUGCAGUGAUUCCCACUUCAGAGUCCUGUAUGUUUUUAAUGUAGUGUUUUCUCUUAUACAACUUUUUUACCUGUUUGGUUAACUGAUAAUGAUUGUCGAUGCUGAUUUUAAAACUGAUAAUUCAUAAGAUCAAUAACAUAUAUUUGGUACUGAUAUGCAGUUGACAUUUCUCUUGAGUACAGGCAUACAGAUAAUCGACCAAAUGGCAAAUAUCAGCCCCAAUAAUUGGCUGCCCCUGUUUGAUUGUCCCGCUCCAAACUUUUUGGAAAAUGUUAUUGCUAUCAAAUUUAAAAUGAUCAUAUAUAUUUAGUAGAACAGAAAAAAACCUUUCUAUUUCAACACUUAUAUGUUCUCUUUGCACGUCUUCAAUUGAAUAAAAGCCUUAAAUCAUUUAAAAACCAUCAAAACCUGUUUUAUGAACAUUUUAAACAAAGUCUGAACUACUUGGAACUGAGGAUAUCGUAGUGAUAAUACUUUCUGGAGGAAGAAGUCACAGAAAACUUCAAACCUUGUGUUUCGUGUCUCGAUCCACAUCUGAGUCAGUCUAGCCUGACAGAAAGAGGUGUGUCGGAUUUUGACUCUUUAAAAGAAGUAAAAAGAGUUUACGAUUUCAAAAUUACAGUCAACACAGGAGCACCUUUAUCCUGCUUUUCUUCUGGUGCCCAGCAGGGGGCAGCUGGUGUGUCUGAUCUUAAAGCAGUGUGUUAGGUCCUGUUCUGGUUCUGAUGGUUUUUAUAGGUAGAUCAGAGAUCUGCUGAGUCAGCGCUGUGUACUGGCCUGGUGGUUGGGUUUAAAGCAGCAACAAUCUGAGACACAGCAGAUUUUUAAUGUCGUGUUACUGUGAGCCAACAGAGCAAAUCAUCAGCAGACAGGACACUACUGAUCUACGGUCGCUAGCAAAUGCUCCUGAGCAAAGAAAGGAGAAAACUAUAGUUGGAUAAAAGUGAAGACAGGGUAAAGAGAUUAAAAAUAUUUGAGAAGGUGAUCGAGAAAGAAAGGUGAGGAGAGAAAGAAAGAAGCAAAAUCGUACAAAGAGUUAGAAAAUGGAAAAACCAAACCAUGCUACAGAAAUGUGAAAGAAAAAGCAAAUAGAAGAGAAAAAAAUGGAAGGGAUGUGGUAAGGAAAAGGAGGACAGAUAAUGAUAAUAGAGGAAUUUCAAAACAGGUUGAAAAUGGAGGGGCAAAUAAAUUUACACAGAGGAGGGAAAAGGAAUAUCAUCAGUGUGGUUUCACUUCUCUGUUAGAGCUGAAAGCUGCUGUGCUGCUCUCAGAUCAGUUUAUGAGCGAUUUGCCGCUGUGACUUGACUUUAUAACCAGCAAGAGCCAAUAAACUGAGUCAAACACCAGAGACCUCAGACCGCUCUGCUGAGGUCUGUUCCUGUCACUUUACUGCCUGUUUUCUAUGUCUGAGACUUAAAUAGACUAAUACUGUAAAUCCCUGAUAAAAACUUUACUAUUUAAUAAAAACAUCAAGUGUUACAGUCUGUAAACGUUUUAUAAAUUUAAGUUAUUUGUUUCCAGCCCAGUACAUUGCAAUUACAGGCUCUUUAGAUAAAUUAUUGGCAUGGGGGUCAUUUUUGGAAACAGCCCUUAGUGGACAUCAGAGGAACUGCAGGAUCAACAAUCGGUAGCUGUAAUCCUUGAGCCUAUUUGGAUAAGACCUUUCGGGGAGACUUUCCUGAUUUUGAAGUUUCCUUUAAAACUUUUGACUCCCACAGUGUAACUCUUGUAAAACCCGGUCCCUGAUCAGCUCUUGCUCCACCGCCCUCUCUGAUCUGGAUUUCCUUUUCUUCUCCAGGUCAGGGUGAUGGUCCGGAUCUGUUCGGUCCACAGCAGCGAGUCCUCAGAGUCCAUGUCCCUCCUGAAGGUAGAUGGAAGAAAGAAGCAGCUGACUCUCUAUGAGACCUCGGUUGGCGGGAACUCUGCCUCGUCCUCCUCCUCGCACAGACGGUCCUCCUCCUCUGCGCCAAAGACCUUCACGUUCGACGCCGUCUUUACGCAGGAUGCUUCACAGGUCAGACAGAAGCAGGGACCACAUAAGACUGUGACAUGUUGGUCUUUGGCUGCUCCUGAUUAGACUCUACCAAAAAAGGAGGGGGGAUCUGGUUGGUGGACAGGCUGACUCAACGUCCUUGUCCCCUCCUUUAAGUCCAAGAUAAAACAAUGUUGAUAGAUUUCUAUUUUUGAAAAUGAGAAAUUAAUCACAUUACCAAGCAGUCUAGCAUUGUUUAGUCUCUAAAUAGGCAAUGCACUUCUGUACUAGACUGAAAACUCUCUGAAAAGGAUGUAAUUCCCGAAAAUUGGCUGAAGGGUUAGCUGUCUAUCACAGCUGUCUGUAUAAUGAUAGAUUGGGUGGUUCCAAAGAUUUUAGACACAUAGGGGAGAGUGGGGUAAGUUGAGCCACAGGGUAAGUUUAGCCAACACCUGAUGCUUGGAAAUUGUAAAAGAAAUUGAUCAUGUGACCAAAUAUUUAGGAGAUGGGCAUCAAUUCAUGGAGUCUGUGAAGGUUAGAAGCACAUGGGGGAAGGGGUUAGACAUUUAUUAGUCUGUCAUAAGUUUUAUUAGAAUCAUUUUAAGAUCAUUUAAAAUUUGUUUUAUACAUCAAUUUUGGUAUCUAUGAGCUACAACAUGAGGUCAAAAACCUAGCAUAAAAGUCCACCAUUUUAGCCAAGAGGACUAAUAAAGUCAACUUACCCCAUACACGGGGUAAGUUGACCAUAGGAGACCACUUUUUUUGGCAUGCUAUAUUAUCAAGACAGUUAUGUUUACACUCUGUUGGUUUGCAGGGAUGUACAACAUCUUGAAAUAUAUGCAGAUAAACUAGUUAGAGACAAAACUAUGAUUGCCUUGAUGUAGUGAUCCGGAAUAUGAUAAAUGUCUCAUCUUACCCCACUCUCCCCUAAGUAGAACCGAUGUCUGAUUAUCUCAGGCUGAUCCGUUGAAUUAAAAACACCCUCACUCUGCAGUUCUACCGCCACCCUCAGCUUCUCUUCCUCCCCCGGAAAAUACAAAUUCGAGUCACACAGCCAAAGUUUGAGCUCUUCAUCUACCGUCAGCGCUGCAGCAGCGAGCUGUCCGUCCCCUGAGAUACUGCAGGAGGUGUAUGUGGAUCAGAGAGAGAGUGUGUGACAGAGGCUGAGUGAGUGCAGUCAGAGGGUCUGUGAUGUUAUUCUGACCUCCUCAGCGAGCGGGCGGGCGACAGGGAGUGGCAGCAUUGAGACGGAUGUGAAGAGUGGGAUUCAUAAAAACAGAGGAUGACAUUUAGGAACAUUUAGGUGACUGUGCUCUAACAUGAUUGGUUGAUGUUAACUAGAUCUUGUUCCUGAUAGGCUGAGGUGUGUUCAGGGACAGUGGCGGAGGUGAUCCAGUCGGUGGUUAACGGAGCAGAUGGCUGUAUCUUCUGUUUCGGACAUGCUAAUCUAGGUAUCUAUACAAACAUACACACACAUACAUGGUAAACACACACUCCUGUGUUGACUCAUGCCAUCCCUGUGUUGACUCCGCCCCUCUCAGGUAAGACCUACACCAUGAUUGGUCGAGACUGCUCCACUCAGAGUCUGGGCGUGGCUCCGACGGCGAUCUCAUGGCUCUUUAAGGUGAUCGAGGAACGGAGGGAGAAGUCUGGCGCUCGUUUCUCUGUAAGGGUGUCGGCGGUGGAGAUCUCCGGCCGGGAAGAGACGCUCACAGACCUCUUGGCUGAGCUCUCCUCCUCAGCUGGGGGCCACCCAGAGGCCCCGGGCCCCGCUGUGUCACUGAGAGAAGACCCUCUCUGUGGAUCUCAGGUAGAGACUUCUUUGUCACCUUGUCUCCUUCCCUUCCUCUGCUCCUCCUUGACCUCCUCCUCACCUCAGGGACUUCAUCCCUGUCCACAACUGUCCAAUUAGUCCUGAACUUCCUCCUCUUAUUCUGGCUCCCUCUGAUAUAUCUCCCCUGGGCUCCACUUAUCUGACAGUUUUUAAUCUCAUCUCACUUUAAUUUUCUUUUCUUCCUUCACAUCUUUUCUUUCUUUUCUUUCUUUUUCUAUCAAACCUCAUUCUGUCGUUUUCCGGCUGUUAUCGUUUCUCUAAGAUUUAUCAGGGGAAACUCGUCUGUCUCCUCGUUUUUCUCUCAAAGUGAGACAUCUCUGUGAACCCACCAUGACUUCUUUCUUCAGCAGACUUCACUGCAACACUUUCCUCUUCUUUACUGCCUCAUACUGUUGUGAUAAUGUCUAAGGGGAGGACACAGUGACAGGAAACGUCCUAAAAGAUAGCCAGCUGUAGGUGCAGAGUGGUCACAUCUUCCCUCUGUCGUCUGAGUCUUAGUGUAACAGAGCCUCCAUUUUUGCUUGAGUAUGAUGAAAUACUGUCAUUUUUCUUUCUUUCCAUCAGCUGCAGAACCAGACGGAGCUGCGGGCGACCUGCGCUGAACGGGCUGCGUUUUUCCUGGAUGCCGCUCUUGCAGCAAGAAGGAGCAGCCGAGCGCCAAAUGACCAGGAAGCUCGGAGGAAUUCGCAUUUCCUGUUCACCCUGCACGUCAACCAGGAGAGGUUGGACAAGAGCAGCAAGGCAGCAGGUCAGCAUGUGUGUCUGAGAUUGGAUAUUUAAACAAUCAGGAUUAGAUUUAUUAUUAGAUUACACAAAGUGGCGAAGUAUAAAACAUGCUUAUUACAUUAGGUCUGUAACAAUAGAGUGAAUAUUAUAAUAUUGGACCUAUGCUUAAAGAUGUUGUGUUCACACCAAAUGCAGAAAGACGAAUCACUUUGAGUAAAUUGAAUCAAAAAAGGGAGGGGUUUAGACACAAGUUUUUGUCAGCACAGAUUGGAUGAAUUAAACAUGUAAAUUAAAUGAUAUAAAUGUGUAAAUAUCAUUUCACAUGCUCCAUUCACUUAAUUCAAGGAGUUAAAAAAUCUGAAUUCAAGCCGAUCAUUUGCGCCACGAUAGCAGUCCUGUGUUACUGCCAAAGCCUGUACAGUGUGAUGGUUUGUGGUUGUGUUGUCUGCUUUCUUCACUUUGUUUGAUGUCUCUUUCACUAAACUUACUGUGUAUUUUAAUGUCCCUUACUUAUCUGUGCUGUUUUCUUCCUCAUGACUUUCUUUCCUUUGCCAAUUACUGCUCAGACAUUAAACACCAAUCUAAAGUUUUGUGCAGUUGAAAUAAGAAAGUUAAUGGAAAUAUCCUCUACGGUAGUACGUGUACAGGAUACAGCCGCUGUGUUGUACAGAAACUGCAGGUUUGAAGACCUUCAUCCCUCGGUGAGGAAUAAAUUCCCUUUAGUAUUACAAAUCUCCGAACAGGCUGCUGUUAAUGAGCUUCAUUGUGAUCCCCCGACAUGCUCAGAGGAAACAUUAACAGGCAGAGAGGCUACUUUAACACCACCUCCACCUACAUCUCCACCUGUCACACACAGAUAUUUCCACAGUUAUUAGUGUUUCACAGCCUCCACGUCCGGCUGGAAUAAAUCUGCAUGGCUAAUGAGGCUUGAAGCUUCUGUGUCCUGUACUGUUUAUAGACUGCUGGCUACAAAAGUGUACACUCAGCUGCUCUCAGCACUUUGGACAUUUUGCUGAUGUGGGCUGAUGUUCGUCUGCACCAUAACUUCUCUGGUUUAAUGAAAUAAACAGGAAGAUAAAAUGAGCAGAGAGAUAACAGACUGAUAAUCAUCUAAAUAUUCUGGGCAGAGGCAAAACCAAAUGAGUUUACAAAUUUCAUUCAAAGUAAUUCAUAUUGGAUUUUAAGAUAAGUCAGUUGACCUAGUAUUUAUUAUUGUCUAUCAAGUUAACAACAUUACACAGACAUAAACAGUCAAAUUAAAGUAAAACUUGACCUAAUCCCAAAGCUGUUUGUCUUUCAAUCAGACAAAUUUAGCAGCAAACAAACUCUUGACUUUAAAGACUAUGAACUGGCUUUUUAUCAAGAAUAAACAAAUCUACAUUUCCUCUUUUUGACUUUGGACUUACCUGUACGAUUAAAAAAAUGCUCAACUGUGACUUGGGACUUAAUGUUAACUUUGGACUUGCUACUCUUGUUGUAGGUUGAACCUUUCUUUUCUUAAAAUUGACUUGGCUGUUGACUCUGGACUUUUGGUCUUGUUUUGUGGAUUUUACAAGUCUUGAGAUAAGACUCAACUGUAUGGACUUUUCUUUUGCCUCCUGAAAGUUGACUCAAGACUUGUCCUUAAAGGUGUCCAUUAUGACUCUUGACUUGGAAGUCAUAUUUUAGUGGUUUGGUCUUGUUUUAAGACCACACAUUUGGAACUGUUUUUACUUGAGACAUGAUAUAAGGGCUGACUGGUCUUUCCUAAAGUCUUAAAUUCUGGACCUGCUGGACUUGUGUUGGGGAUUAAUUUAGAAUUGACUUCAGGACUUGAAGUUCUUAACUUUGAGACCUAACUUCGAUCCUUACAGGACUUGACUUCAGGAACUUACGAAAGGACUUGUUGGGCUUGACUUGGUACUCGACUAGGGGGCUGAAUAGUCUUGCUUCAUGUCUUGAAUUCUGGACUUGCUGGUCCUGUGUUAAGGACUAGACUUCAGUGCUUGUAGGACAUGACUUUGGGACUUAAAUUCAGAUCAUGCUAAGUAAAACCUGAGACAUGACUUAAGGGCAGUCUGGUCUUGCAUCAAGUCUGUAAAAUUGGACCUGCUGGUCUUGUGUUUGGACUUCACUUAGAGCCAGACCUCAGGAUUUGUUGGUCUUCCCCUUGCAGAAUUUGUCUGGCUUGACUUGGGACUUGGCCUAACCUUGCUAGCUGACUAAACUUGCUUUGUGACUCGAAGUCUGGACCUGAUGGUUUUAUCUUUGAGUUGGACUGGAACUGAUUCUGGACUAAUUGUAUGAAACUUGUAUGUUAUGGAAAAAGUCAUUUAGACUUCAGGCACAACUUGUGGGUUUUUUGGUCUUUGACUUUAGACUUGGCUGGAAGACUUGAGUGUGCUGUCAGGAUUGUCAUCUUUGGGACCUGAUGUCUAAUGCUGAAAUGAGACCUGCUAUAAUGAGAGUUAUGUCUUGGACCUUUGUUUGGGGGUUUUUGGACUUUAGGAGCGGUUGCUGGUCUAUACUCUUUACUUUCAGUCAGAGUUGUGUAAAUGCAUGCUGACAGGUGAUCUGUCUCUGUGGUGAAGAAUCUCUGGAUCAGGUUUUUGUUUCUGCUGUAGGACUGCAUAUUAGAUCAUAUAUAGACAGCGUACAUGUUGUAUAUUACACUGGUUUCCCUGUUUGUACAACACUAGACUCAAUAAAUGUCACAGAGACCUGAAGAUGGAUGAGGUCUUUGUUAUCUUCUGUGGCCGGUGAUGCCCAAUAGGCCAAUCAAUUAUUAUAAUGGCUAUUGAUCACACCUCUGUCUAUAAACUAAUCAAUCAGUGUCUGGUUGUUUAACCCACUGGUCCUUUCAGCGUUAUUGAGCAGUUAAAGACGUUGUACGUUUAAAACCUCCCUCUUCUUUCUCCUGUCUCUCAGUAUCUGGGCGGAGUCGCCUCCACCUCCUGGAUUUGGGGAGCUGUGAAACAGACAUCAGCAGGACCAGAGAGGGGGGCGGGGGUCAGUGUCUGUCUCUGUCCGCGCUGGGAAACGUCAUCCUCGCCCUCGCCAACGGGGCCAAGCAUGUCCCGUACAGGUAUGCGCUCUUACUCUGGACAAUUAAAUGAAGGCAGUAUGGGGUCAGAGGUCACAGAUACUGAGUAACAGAUGAAGCAAAGAUCCCUGUGAGGACAGAGAAGACACAUGGACCAUGCAGGCCGGAUUUAUAGCAUUUCAAUGAGUUUUCAGUCUGUUUUAAAUGGCUGAUCAGCUUGAUGAAUAAAUCACUUUGUAAUGCUAAUUGGCAUGUAUUUCCAGGCCUGUGGCUAUUUGUUAUGCAGGCUGCAUGCUUUGUUUGAUUUCAGGCAAUUUGUCUGGCAAAAUGCCUCAUUUGUCCUCCUCAUGAUUCACAGGCUGUUAUAUUUUUGGUAUGUUAACUCAUUGUUAAAGCAGCUUUUAGAGCUUGGUGUCAGAGGAAAACAACCCCCAAGUGUUACACAAGAACGUAUCAAGGUAACUGUUCCUGAGAGGUUUAGCUAAGAAUUCACAUCAGCUCAGAAAUUAAAAGAAAAAGGGGGAAAAAAACUAUUAAUUUUACCAUCUCAGGCUUUUUAUUGCUGGUGCGGAGUCCAGUUUUGUCCAUGAAAAGGUUUUCAACAAGACAUUGAUGGACUGGCAUUGAGGCUUUGAAAUUUUGGAUUUUGGUAUGAGACUUGUGCAACACUGUUUCCAGAGUUGUUGAAUAAAGUUGUUAUCAUGCUCUCUUGAGCCAAAGGAGGCAAAAGAAAUCAAAAAUUGAGAUUUAAAAAGAUUAAAGGGCCAAAUGUUUCUGUUAGUCAGAGGAAGCUGGGUUUGCAGUUCAUCUAUGAUUGCAGCUUUACCCCCGGUCUCUUGAAGGCAGGAUUUCAUGGACCUUUCCCCUCAUUUCCAUCUAAAGAACAUCUACAUGUAGUUCAAAGUGAGCCUCAUUAAAAUGAAAUGAAAAAUAUCAUUCUCCUUUUUGCUUAUCUGUUCCCGGCUGUUGCAUAGAGUAAUGAACAGUUUCUGGGAUCCUAUGGGGAUUCUCCGGCCUGUGGUGCAUCCGCUCUUUUUUCCCCUCUUUUGGGGGGUUAACGAGGGGUUUCUUGAUGUAUUAUUCAGGGACAGCAAGCUCACCAUGCUGCUCAGUGAAUCCCUUGGCAACAUCAACUGUCGAACCACCAUGAUCGCCCACAUCUCCGACUCCCCGGCAAACUACAUGGAGACUCUGACCACAGUGCAGCUGGCCUCCCGCAUUCACCGCAUGAGGAAGAAGAAGUCAAAGGUUCUUCAAUUUUUAUUUCUCCAGUUUGGCCAGUCAAAAAUCCUGAAUCAAGUCUGAAAAAAACUGGUAUAACCAUGAAUAUUUCUAUUUCAAGGAAACAUUAGGACAUUACAACUAAGUUCUUCUUAUAUGGUAUUUUUUGUUGGUUGUUUAAACAAUAAAAAAUUACAAAAUUGAGUCUGAGGAGUAACUCAAGAAUCUGUAACAUUUUUUAAGCUCAUUCUAUGUAAAAACAGAGUCUGAGUCGUUUUCUCUCUACGUGACAGCGAAAACCUUCUAAUCUAUAAUGUAAAUCUGUAGUAUCAGGUCAGAGAGUCACACAGCCUUUAUUCACCAAGUUAUUCCUACCGUGAGGUGUCAGAUAAUCAAUAUGACUGUCCUUAUGGGAGAGGUAUUCCCUGUGAUUAGAAGAGCAAGGCUUUCGCUCUCAUUAGAGGUUUUAUUUUCGUUUUAUAGAUUCAAAAAGCAACAUGGGAACAGGAGUUAGGGUUAGCUUCUAUAUCUCACUGACAUUUAUUAAAAUCCAGCCUGCAGUUUGUACUUUUAACCUCAUGCUGUAUCGACAGGGAAUGGAUCUACCCUCAGGAUGAACAUUGAAUGAUAUACGGUGUUAUUUCUGUUUUAUCUGCAGUAUGCCUCCAGCUCAUCUGGAGGGGAAAGUUCCUGUGAGGAAGGCCCGUGCUAUCGACCUCCUCAUCUUCGACCGUUUCAUCCUCGUACCAUCGCCCUCGAUCCAGACACACCUCUGCUUCUCUCCAGUGAUCCUGACUACUCCUCCAGCAGCGAACACUCCUGCGACACUGUCAUUUAUGUCGGGCCUGGAGGGGCGGCCAUAUCAGACAGAGAACUAAGCGAUAAUGAAGGACCACCUUCUUUUGUUCCCAUCAUCCCUUCCCUCAACAAAAAGAGAGUCAAGGAUGCACCAAGGUCUGAUGGUGACCACUUUAAGUGCAACACGUUUGCAGAGCUUCAAGAGAGACUUGACUGCAUUGAUGGCAGUGAGGGGCCGAACACUUUCAGCACUGAAGGCAAAGCAAUGCCCGCAGUGGGGCACAGAACUCAGUCUGGAGCUCCUAAACCUGCAGAUUUAAUUUCACCCCCGAAAUCUGAUAAGACCUUCUUCAGGUUCUCAGAAAGCACAACAAGCACAUGCACAAUUAAUCCUGAUCAGGUACAAUGCAAACUCUUCCCAGCCAGAGGCCAAAUGGAAACUUCAAAACGUACAAGUGCAGAUGGUGAGAAACUUUCUGCCAGUCCCCUUCAGCCAUGUGUGGCCAAGCCAAGUGGGAGUUUUUCCCAGGAUUCAGAGCCCGUGGUUCGAGAGAAGGUCUACCUAAGAGGAGGUGUACCCAAACUGUCUGCUUCACCACCCAAGACAACUAGGGGGGCAUCCCAGUGUUUAGAGGCUGUUGGUAGGACUCCCCCUGUGGGUAUGAGUCAACAAGCACUUAGACAGGAUCAUCCAGCCGGGUCCCCGGACACUGAAAGGGUCUCACUUACAAGCAGAGCCCCAGUGGAGGUGAAUAAUCUUAGGGCAGCUCUAUUAGGAAGGUGUCUGGACAGGGAUUUUCUGCGGACCACCAUCACACUCCAGCAGCCUGUGGAGUUAAACGGUGAGGAUGAGCUUGUGUUUACUGUUGUAGAGGAGCUUCCCCAUGGCCUUGUCCCAGACAACGGCCGUCCUUCCAACCUCCUCAGCUUCAACACAGACUGCUCCUGGCAGGCCUCGGCAUCUGGCUCUCGCCCUGUGAGCAUCAUCAGCAGUAUCAAUGAUGAGUAUGAUGCCUACACAUCUCAACAAGGUGCUGCUGGAUUAGGGGCUGAUUUUGGAUCCAACUGUCAGGAAAUGUUGUCCCUGCAACAAGACAACAAGCAGCAAACUGGCAGCUCAUGGCCAAGAGAAGGGAGUGCUCCUUCACAAAGUGACGGCAUGGAUUCAAAAGAGGGGGUGAACUUAAGGGACAAAAGUGUGGCGAAAGAGACUGCAUCCAUGCUAACCCCACCGAGUACAUUUCACAAACAGCCAUUUUUGCAUCAGGGCAUCAAGAGCUCCCUGAAUGACAGUGGUAUAUGUUUCUCAGAGCUGGACAGUGACCCUGCUACUCCAAACAAACCUUCUUUCACCAAAUGCCCUCCUUCCCCUGACCUAACUAAGUCCUCUCUCAAAGGCUCUCUUAAAGCAAGAGGCAACACUCUGAGCACUUCAACUUCAGCCCUCAUUUCCCAUCACACCAGCCAUUCCAGUCUCCCCAGGAAAACCAAGCCUACCUCAUCUACAACUGUGGGCUACAGCAGACAAGAGGGCAGACAUGAGGAUUUUUUGCAUCAGGAAAGCAGAAAUGUUGAUCCCAGAGAGGUUGAGUCUGUCACCCCAGGAAAACCACCAAGAACUAGCAUAAGUAGUGUUUCUUCUCGGAAGCCAGGAGGGAACAGUAACAGUGUACCCAGGCCACCAAAGGCACAAAUGUCCUCAGCUCAAAGGAUUGUGGACGGUUGUGAAAAGACCAGCAGCAGGAGAGCAGACACUCUUGUCAAGCUGCCACGUCUCACCAGAGGUGCAACCACACUGGGGACUGUUUCAACCCCCCAGAGUUCUGAAUUAAAGUGUGGUCCUGAGGGCAUUUCAGCAACAGGUACCCUCAGAUUUUCAUCCUUGGGGAAAAAGUCAAACGGGCAAAAAAGCAGCAUAAUCUCCAAGUCUGGAAACAUCUCCCCUCCUGCUCAGCCUGUCAGGCAGUCAAGCCAGGAACAAAAGACACGGACUGUGCUAUCGCCAAGUGCCUUAAAAACAAGCAGCGACUUGGGAAAAUCCUCAUUCCCUAAGACUUCAACCUCAGUAGAAGAAUUCACCAUGAGGCUACGGGCAGAUUCAUUCAGCCACAGAUCAUCAAGUUUAAAGACUGAACAUGGCUUUGCAAGAGGAUCUUCGAGCCUAAAGACGCGGGGUGCCAAAGCAGAGUCUUCCAGGUACUUUGGGAGUUUGGUGUCUCUGGAGAGAUGUGACAGUCAAACCUUGGUGGGGUCCAAGUCUGAACUGUUAAGGGAGAGCAGCGGUGCUACUUCAGGAGGCAGAUCCAGCAGAUCAGUGCCAAGACUUGGGGUUCCAGCCUCCACCUCUACACCUGCUUCUUCUUCCCAGGGCUCUUCUGGUGUCACUGCAUCUACAAGCAAACUUGUGCAAGUCAAAGGCAAUGGUAGCUCACGAGUCGCAGUGUCUGGGGGGGCAAAAGUUCGAACUCUGUCCGCCAGCAGCUCCAAGAGCCUUUGUCCUUCCUCUAAACCUCUUGAUAUUGAAACUAGCCGCCACAUUAGUCUACCUCCAAGUGGGAGGGCCCCAGCCCGGUCAGGACUUGCCAAGAUCGGUAGAGGCACCAUCAUGGGAACAAAGCAGGCCAUCAGCAGGGCGGCUAACAACAGGGUCAGUGAAUUAGCCUCUGGGGCUCAAAGAAAGCAACACAGUGGGGGACCUGGACCUACAGAAAAUGAUGGCACUGACAGCGGAACUAGUAGUGUAAGUGAGUCGCCAAACAGCACACCGUUACCCUCACCUUACAGCAAGAUCACUGCGCCUCGGAGGCCACAGCGCUACAGCAGCGGGCAUGGCAGUGAUAACAGUAGCAUCCUGAGUGGGGAGCUGCCUCCCGCCAUGGGACGCACUGCUCUGUUUUACCACAGCGGGGGGAGCAGCGGCUAUGAGAGUAUGAUUCGAGACAGUGAGACCACCGGAAGCACCUCCUCAGCCCACGACUCCAUGAGCGAGAGUGGAGUGUCGACGUCAAAUAGAAGCAGAGUGUCCAAAUCCCCCAAGAAGAGAGGAAACGGUGAGUCUGGGUGCAAAGACUGGAAAAGAAUCACUCAUCCUAAGGUGUGGAGACAAUUACAAUGUAAACCUGAAUUGUCCGGCACCCAUUUUUGUUUCAGAGUGACCACAACAGUCUACAUCCAUGUCACUGCAGCAUCCCAGAGAAGCAGCAGGCUUUUUAAGACUAGAGUCCACUCAGCCCCAUUAGGAGGAAGGCCCCUCACAAAGAAUUCAUACUUAUGGCUUUUGAUUUUAGAUAGCCCCAUAGAUUUUAAUAUCUUCAUAUUUUAUUUGAUCAAGGCGCAUUUAAGCUCAGUGAUGCUUGAUGGCACUAAGGUUGUCAAAAUGUCACUUAGGAGUUAUCGGAGGUUAAAGUAAACACACUCUCAGUCAUGCAGGAACACUCACACCCUGUUUCGCCCUGUCAGCUCCAACGCCACACAUUUCCAUCUUCUUCUUUCCCCUUCUGCAUGUCUAACCUUUUUAGGCAGGUUGUUCCAAAAUUGACUGGCUCUGAUAGCAAAGGCGUGGUCACAUUUAGUUUUAUACCUUGACUUUGGAACAACCAGGAGGGUGCCAUCUAUGGACCCAAGGAUGUUGGCUGGCUCAAAAGAACUCAACUGUUCUGAUAUAAAGCUUGGAGUCAGAUCCAUUUUUGCCUUGAAGUUGAUCAGUAAAAUUUCAAAACCACUUCUAGAACUAACAGGAAGCCAAUGUAUGUAAACUUGGGUUAGAGUGAUGGGAUGUUGUCCGGCAAGGACUCACACUUUGGCACCAGUUAAAGUCACACCAAAAAGUAUGAUAGGAUAUAAUAGAGUCAUCAGCCUUUUUGUUUGCUUUUCUCUCACAGCCUUUCCCCUCUGAUGUUUAAAUGCAUGGCUUUCAGAUUGGCUCUUACAGAGAAACAGCAAGUCUGUAUUCCUUUUUCAUCUCACCAAUUAUAAUUGAAAUUAGGUUUUCAUAUCAUCACAGUUGAUGGAGAAAGUUUAACGCUCAUGUUUGACAUUCAACAACUUUCCCUCAGUGUUCUGAUUCAGGAAGUAAAGGAGCCAUAAAACUCCUCUAGAAGCUUCACAGUGAAAUUAACAUAUUUAUGACUUUUUCCAAAAUCGCUCCCAUCCAUCAGAGAGUGUAAUGAUGGGAUGGGAGCAGCCCCUCUCUUCAAUAUAGUCGUGAAUGCAAAGCAUAUUGAAGAGUACAGGUGUUAUUAUUUCUGUGGGAGCAUCUAUCAAAGACGAUUUCGCUGCAUGAAUUCAUCCCCACCCUAAGUCGUUAUCAUAAAAUCGACAUCCAUGCAUGUUAUCGUGGUUUGUUCUGCCUCUGUGGCGUUCGCUCACAGCAGCUGAUUGUGAUUCGUGCAGUGGCAGUAGCACCCGGGUCAGGCAGCCUGAUGCAUAUGGAACCAGCCUUCGUGUGAUCUGCCUGCCAUCAGUCUGUGGAUCUCAGCUCGUUUCUGCCUCAUGAAUAUUUCAUGAGGCCUCAGCAUUCCCCCGUGUACACAUCCAACUCCAAUUAUCACCCACACAGCCCCCCCCCAACCCCCACCUCAGCCACUCCACAGCAUACACACCCACACACACUCCCCCCCAAUCUGUUACUACUGUACAGUCCAUACUUAAAGACCUGGAGUGUUUUAAUAAUCAGCGUUGGCUGUUUCAGAGCGCGCUGCUGCUUUGGUUUUACUCUUUGCAGGUCUGAUAUUCAUUAAAUUAAUUUGUAAAGCAGCUCUCUGACAGCCGUGUGCACAGAGUCUCUUCUGAUAAUAUUAGGGCUUUAGUUGGACGGUGCUGGUUUUUAAGCUUAUCUGCAGAGCAAAUGUUUGUUGACACAUAGUCAAGCUAUGGGGAAGCUAAACUGACUAAGAUUGAGCUAAUUAAAAAUAAUGAGCUGAGUGGGAUUGCUGUGCACCUGCCAGGCCUUUACCAGCAUAAAGAGCUACAGCUAAUACUAUUUCACAGAUCUGUUUGCCUCUGGAUAAAACUAAUCCCUUUCCUCACGUAUUAAUUUUCAUAAUUUGACUUCCAUCAGGUUUCCAGCGGCGCCGUCUGAUCCCCGCUCCCCUCCCUGACCCCUCCUCUCUGGGCAGGAAGGUGGGGGGUCAGUGGGUGGACCUGCCAGUGCUUGCCGGCACCCUGAAGGAGCCCUUUGAGAUAAAGGUGUACGAAAUCGAUGACGUGGACUGCCUGCAGAGGAGGAGGGAGGUGACGGCGGGAUCAGAGGUGAGGAUGAUUUCAUCUGCUCAGUUUUCUCUUUGACUCUGUUACAUCAUGACUUUACAGUUUGAGUUAUUGGCUCAGACCACAACAGAUGUUCAAUCAGUUUCUCAACCUGAACUCAGCUUAUCUCCAAUAUUCUCUCCUGUGGUGAUCAGAAAGUAGUUUACACUUGAUACUGAGCAAUGUAGUCCAUGUUUGUGCAUGUUUGUAGGCAUUUACUAAUUUAUGCAGCUAUCAAUGUUAACAUUGACAGUCAAGUCUGUAGAAUGAGGAUAUUUAGCGAUAUCCAGAGGGGAACACUUUUCACUGAUCCCCCUGUCAAUGAGGCAAUGGUGGCCCUAGAGGACCAAAAGAAAUACACUACAGAUGGCACGACAAUAAUUGAGCUGUUUUAAGAGAUAGGUGUGAUGUUUUUAUUUAUUUAAUCUAAAUAAAUAUAGUUUAUAAUUCAGUUCCGAGGUAUCAAUUCUGAGUUCUUUUAUUGCUUUGAUAACACAAGCUGACAUUAGUGAUGUAAUGCUAAAGGGCUGGAUCAGAAAACAAAGAUUUUUAAAAUCAUUUUACAUUAAGAAUUAAGAUGUAAGGUAAUAAAGUUAUAAUGGUACAAGAUAAAAUUCAUGUUAUUACAAAAAUAUAUGCAUAUGUGUUAUAUAUUCUAUUUCUUCUGAAAAAUGCUGCAAAAUUCUACACAACAUCCCUUUGAAUUGAAACUCCUGUUGGAAAUUGGAACAAGACACUUUAGUGUCACUUCAAGACAAAAUUUCACCUUGCAACCACCCUCUCCAAAUCAACAAUGAAUUGUGUUGAUGCAACAAUACUCAUGCAAAGAUUAUUAUAAGCUGUAGAAGAUAUAAUAAGCGAGUUUCUCGAGGACCAGCGAAGUGCAGGUUAAGAUAAUGUCUAAGAAGAGAUCAGCACCUGAGCAGCAAGACACAUCCGCAAUCAUGCAGAAACAUCCACACUCUGCAGGGAAGCAGACAGAGCUGCACAGCACAAAAGAAACAAAUAACAAAAUAUAUGACCCAGGGUCAGAACACCUGGUGAUGAAAUCACAUGCUACAUCUACAGAGGCUCUGGUCUUUGAAGUAGGGGGACUAGGUUUGCUUCCCAUUCUCUGCCCUUUUCCACGUGUCAUUUCCCACUCUCUCUUCCAGCUUCCUACUGUAUCAGCUGUCCUCUCAAUAAAAGCACAAGAAGCAAAAACUGAAUUUAAAAAGCAGGAGAUGAAGAAAUCAAUCUAUCAACAAUGAAGACUAAAGUCGUUCCUGGGUUCAUUGGUGAUAUGAUGGUUUAACACAGCCUGAAGGUGCACAGCAUUAGUCACUGAUUCUUUCUUUUAAAUUGGUCAUGUUACCAUAGCAACGAAAACAAACCAGGUCAGACUGUGUGUACUUGCUGUACACCUGAGAGACACUGAGCCACAGAUGAUAAACCUGGAUGUUACAGGAGCAAACACCUGUCUCAUAAAUUACAGAGGUCUCAGUGAAUCAUCCUGACUCUUCACACUAACAAACCCUCGUCUUCAUCAGCUUUUCGUUUCUGUACAGCCGUCAGUGAUCUGCAGGAUCACACCUGAGGCCAGACUUAUCAGUUACUGAGAUUAUCGCUUAGUCAAUUACAGUUUAGUCCUAAUUGGUUUAGAUGGAAGUGGUGGCUGGAGGAGGAAGAGGAGGAGGUGGAGGAGGGCGAGGAGGAGGCAGAGAUGAAUGACGGCUCGGCCUCGGCUGGUUGCUCUUUACGGCCGUCUUGUCUCUCUGUGUUAGCGGCUCGUUAACCUUCAGAGUGUGUGUGUGGGGGGUCGUCAUUCAGCAGUAGGGAUCUCUGAUUUAUUUUCAAUUAGAAGAAGAUGAUGUGCAGUUUGUCUUUCACAGACACACAGAGUUACAGGCAGAGAUCUGUGUGUGAUAAACUCUCAUUUUAUGUUUCUGUCUCCCUCCUUGCAGCCGUUCCAGGAUGUCGAAAAGGUGAGUUAUACAUGUAACCCUUUAAUUCCUGUUCAGUCAGACUGGAAUAAAUCCUACUGUGACUUCAUUAUCUUUACCACCGAGAGCUGAGAUUUCUCUCCUUUGCAUCACCAUGUUGUAAAUUCAUUCAUUUUGUCUUAACUAUAACCCUCCAUUAUGGAUUAAAUUAGUCAGGUCUAAACUAAACUACACCUCAUGCACAUUUUUCCACGUGUAGAGAUGGUCUGGAGCCUUUAUGCACCAUGUAUUUUUAUACUUGAAGGGAUAUCCCAGCAUAAAAUUAAGUAAGGGUCAAACACACCGUAACAGUGAGUUAGACACCCCGUCGAGGGGUUAAUGUUGCCGACAGCUUGCUCCACUAGUUAUACCAACUUUAGUAAUGACCGCACAAUAGCAAUACACAGGAGCUAUAAACAAACCUCAACCAAAAAGCCACUCUAUAGCCACAGAUAAUGCUCAGAACAGAACCUAACUUCAUCAACAGUACAUAUAGGGUCCCAGCCACAGCACUAGCCACCAAACAUCUUUUUAACUUUGCCUCAUUUCUUUAACAAAGAGACUAAACACAACUCACCUACUCUCCUCCAGCAGCCGCUUGUUUGUACUUAGAACUCUGGCGAGUCCAUUACCGCAGCGGAGUGAUGCAGCUUAAGGAAGAACAUUUAUGAUAAUUUCUUUAUUAUUUACUUGAAGUAAUAAUCAUCAUAUUAAUCACUUUGCUCUGCAGACGCAGUAGUUCUUCUGCCUUAGCGUCUCAGUCUGAUUGCAUUCCCAUGAAGAAAUGAUCAUAAAUGUUCUUCCUUGAGCUGCGUCACCCUGCCUCAAUUGAUAAUGAACUGGUCAAGGUCUCGCGACAAAUAAGCAGCUGCUGGAAGAGAGUGGGUGAGUUGUGUUUACUCUCUUUGCUAAAGAAAUUAGGAAAAGUUAAAAAGAUGUUUGGUGGCUAGUGUUAUGGCUGGGACCCUAUAUGUACUGUUGAUGAAGUUAGGUGCUGUUCUGAGCAUUAUCUGUGGCUGUGCGUGGCUUCUCAGACUGCUGUGUAUUGCUAUUGUGUGGUCGUUACUUAAGUUGGUAUAACUAGAGGAGCAAUCGGUCGGCAACAUUUAUCUUUCAACAGGGUGUCUAACUUGGUGUUACAGUGUGUUUGACCCUAAAUUAAUUUUAUGCCAGAAUACCUUUAAAUAAGAUGCUAAAAAUGAUUUUGAAAUUGCACCUCAUCUCUCAUGUAUCAGCUUUACAAUCCGAUGGGUCUCACUCAGCUUGUUACAAUCUCCCUGCUACCAGAGACUGAAGGCCUAAAAGAUUGAGGCAGAAAUGUAUAAACAGGGAUGCCACACAAGAAUGUUAAGUUUUCAAAAAAGAAAACCUUUAUGAAAGAAAACCCCGGAGCAUUCAAAAAUCAAGAAAACAAAUAAGGACCAGAGACCCUGGCCAAAAGGAGCAAAAGAUAAGAAAAUGCUAGGCCAACUGUGCAAUAGACCAUUGCUCCCAGUACAUUUUCCUAAACUAGAUAAGGAGUCGAUCUGAUGUUCUAAAUCACCCCCUCUUACAGCAGACAGGGGAAGGAGGGACCAGAGAGGCAGAGAAGGAGACAAACAUGGGCUUCAUGUAACACAGUUCCCUCAGCAUGAGAGUGCUCAGCACAGCUCUGUGCAGCAUUGAGAGGAGCUGCUGAUGGUUUUACCCUCAAAAUCAGACCUGUGACAAGAGGAAACUUCACAGAGCUGCAAAGUAAUGUUUUUUUACCUCUUGAAUAGUAUCAGGGCAGUAGACUUUCUGAACUGGACUUUUAAAUGGAGAAAACAGAGAGGCUAGCAGAAUGCAACAAAGUAAGGAAUAUUUACUUGACAAUAAAAAGUCAUCUUCUUAUUCUGAUGACAACUUUCCUGCAGCUGUAAAUGCAUCACUUCAGUGUUUUUACAGUCUGAGCUCAGCAGUGUAACAUCCAUCCGUGUUUUUCUGCAUCUGUAAUUAAGUGAAGCUGAGCGUUGACAAUCAUCCUCCUCCGUCACCUGUUUCCCCUCAGCUGUCCCUAAUCCUCCGCUCAGCGUUUGUCCCGCAGCUUAAGUUACAAACCAACAGAUUAGCACUUAUGCUAAUUUUGUCUUCGUCUGCCUCUUAAUUAAAUCCAGUAGCGGACACUAGGUGAGGUCUCAGAGCAGGUUAGUGUCCCUCCACCCUCCACCUCCUCUUCCUGAAUGAACCAUUAAGAGUCCGUCCUCACGUCGCAGACAGUCUACGGGUGAAGCUGAGUGUGGUGUUUUCUUUGUCCUCAGGGUCUGCUCUACUUUAACGCCCGACUGAGGAUGCUGGAGAAGAGGCAGCAGCAGAUCAGAGAGCUGAGGAGCAAACAUGAGAGUCUGCGGGUCGAGCUGGAGGAGGCCAAGAGCCGGCUGAUGCUCCACCCGAGCAGGUGGAGCGGAGAGUGUGAGUACACACCUGUUUGAAUGUUAGUGACCAUCAUGACCACAUAAUAUUUAAUCUUUUCAUUGUGAUAAUCUGAAUUUCUUCUUCACUGUCUUGAUAAAUUCCUGUUGUGUUUGUUUGUUGGUUAAUUCUGGACUUCAGCCACUGUUAUCAGCUUAUUAGUCUGCAGGGCUCUGAGCCGUUAAACAAAGAAAGGAGCCUGUUUGGAUUACUGUGAUCUCCCAGAGCUGAUGAAAUAAUCUGAUAUCAGUCUGUCUGGAGGGUUUUUACUGGCUGCUUUUCCUUGUUAGAUAUCAAUGAUCUGAUCUAAAGUUGUUUUGAGGUGAGAGUCAGGAUUAUUUCUACAAAAUCAGGUGUUAUCAGAGCUGUCUGCGCUCAAAGAGGAUCAGCUUUCUCUGUACCAGACUCUUCAGCCUCCUACUCCUCUUCAUUGAGUAGCUCCUGACCUGAAAACACACUCUGUGGACAAACACAUACUCUGUGGACAAACACAUACUCUGUGGACACGCAGAGAGUCUCCAGCUGAGUGUUGCCGGGAGCCUCCGGUUAAACCUCUCUCCAUUAUGUUUCUAUUUCUGAACCGACUGGCGGUGCAGCGAGUGUUUGGAGGGGAGUGUUGGAGCGAAAUGCAAACACAAACAGCCCGCAGGGAGAGGAUUAUAUUUACAUCUUUUUAUUAUUUCUCUGUCGGAGGGACACGCUCUCUCAGGUCACCUCCAAGAACAGCCAGCACUUCUUUUUACAAUAAAACACCAGACUCUGCAAAAAGCAGAAGACGGGCUGAAGGCCUGUCUGAGAUCAAUACGACAUUAUUUCCUGCUGGAGAAACGGGCCGAGCUGGAGCUCAUAAAUCACCAGAGACCUCCUCAGACUUUAUUACUAGAGCCUCUUCUAUCUUCUUCUUUAAAAGGGUUUUAUGGAGGCCAGUGUUUCCAUAUCUGACCUGAAGGUCUGACUUAGAGGGUGUUGAUGCUGUUCAGUGAUGUUUGGUUUUAUGAAUUGAACAGACCUGACGACCAAAUAUCCCAGCAUGCAGUGCAUUUUCAACCUCUGAGUGUGCUCACAUUUGAUGGUGUUUAUCUUAAGAAAUCUCAGUUAACUUUGGUUUGGCUUAAUUUAGAUAUCUGCAGUAAAAUCAAGGCAUUGGUGUUUUAAAGGGCUAUUCCAGCGUAAAAUUAAGUUAGGGUCAAACACUGAGUCAGACACCCCAUCUUCCCUUCUUCAGGGAAGAAAGUUGACCCAUUAUGUCCCCAUCCUAAAACUGAGGUCCCGCUGAGAGUUACAUAAACUACCACAUCAUUACUGCAAUAUUACUAACUUUAAAAGAGCAAAGACUUUAACUUGUCUCUUUCUGUCUGUCCUUCAGUCGAUGUGGACCAAGACCUGGACCGAGAGUCUCAGGAGUACCUGGAAGCUCUGUCUCAGGUUACUGCAGAGCUGGAGUACUGUGUCAACCUCUGCAAGUCCCGAGUCAUGAUGGAGACGUGCUUCGACAUCGCUGGGACCUCUGACAACACUGCUGCGCUGGGAGGACAGCAGGAGGUGGAGGUGUGA